AUGCUGACCAACAGUAUCACAGUACGACUGGAAAACAUGUCCCAAGAGAAGUUUCUCUCACCACUGCUUGCUCUCUUUGUGGAAGGUGUGGCUACUGUGCUGUCGACAACCAAAGAGGGCAUUUUUGUUUUCAAUAUUCAAAACGACACAGAUGUCAGCUCCAAUAUUCUGAAUGUGACCUUUUCUGCUUUGCUUCCUGGUGGCAUUCGGAACAAGUUCUUCCCCUCAGAGGACCUUCAGGAGCAGAUAUACCUCAACAGGACACUCCUAACAUUGAUAUCUACCCAGCGGGUAUUGCCUUUUGAUGACAACAUUUGUCUGCGGGAGCCUUGUGAAAACUACAUGAAGUGUGUGUCCGUACUUAAAUUUGACAGCUCUGCUCCAUUUAUCAGCUCAAACACUGUCCUGUUCCGACCCAUACACCCCAUCAAUGGACUGAGGUGUCGGUGUCCCCCUGGGUUUACAGGUGACUACUGUGAAACGGAAAUUGACUUGUGCUACUCUAACCCUUGUGGAAACAAUGGCCUUUGCCGAAGCCGAGAAGGAGGCUACACUUGUGAAUGUUAUGAAGACUACACGGGUAUGUUCUUACUUUUGUGAAAUAAGCAUUGCAUUAUGCAUGUGUUAUGUGUUAAGAAAGGCCAACCUUCUAGCUUCUCGGUAAAUCAAAAUACCAAAAAGAAGCCAAAGCAUAAGGCCAAAUUUAAACCUAACUAUAAAUAAACAGGAGCAGGGGGAAGACCCAGAGCAUGCUUUGCAUGCACAAGGUCCAGUGUUCAGUCCCUCGCAUCCCCAGUUAACUAAGAUUCUUUAACUGGACUGUUGUCUAAGUAGAAUCAGGGGUAUAGGCUACGGAGGGCCAGUGCAGUAAAUUAAGGCAAUAUAAAUCCCACCUCACAGUUGUUUCAAUUGUUAUCUUUCCUCUGAACAACUGAGAUGGCUGUGGUGUGAUAGAAGCUGGUGAAUGGUGCAGACCAAAGAACUGUCAUAAACUAUGUACAGAAAAGAUGGCAAAAUGCACAGAGAUCAAAGCCGAGGUUAUCAGGGUUAAUUCUCACACACCCUACACAUGUGGAAUGUUUCUGUGUCUGGACAACAGGGCUUCUGGCACUUCCCAACAGAACCUGCUAUAGAGCACCAGCUCAACUCUGAAGAGAUGAGGAAACGCUUGCAUACAAUCUGGAUUUGCUAGAACAGUUCAGUUAUAUUGAAUCAUGUAGUUUUGGGGUCAGUUGUGAAGAUUUAUAUACACAGAGAAGAAACAAACAGUGGAACACAAAAUUGUUCCUCCUUUAAACACCUUCCGCUCCUAUUGGGAACAAUAGGAGGAAAGGGAAAGACAGCUAUAGAUGCACUCAGAUGCAUGUCUAAAUUGAUUCUUUCUGGGCACUAGGAAGGCUUAGGAUCCUUUGAAUCCUAUCCCUUCCACACUACUUGGCUUUUCCUGCGUAGAAGCUGCAAUGUUAGUUGGGCCAGGGCUUUAGAGAAGCUGAUGGUAUCAAAGAGGUGAGCUCUGACAUCAGGUCUGUCUCUGACAAUGCGGGGUGGGGGAUAGAUCUAGUCUGCUCCAUGGCCCCUGCAGUUCCCUCUCAGGGGCCAUUGGAUUGUACAUUUAUAUGCACUGAUGAACCCAAGUGGCCAUGGUUUCUGGGUGUGUGCUCACUAUGUGUUUUAGUUGGAGUGAGUUCACUGUGUGAACAUGCAUCUUCACUUUUGCAUCUUCAUGUCACUAUGCACUAGCAUAAACACUGCAAAUGCUCCAUGUAAGUCAUGAGUGUGCCCUCAGAUGCAGAUAAUAGAAGAUAAAUGGAUUUAGUGUGAGGCAUAUUCACAUUUCCCCUGAGAAUGGUUGUUGCCUAUAAAAUAGGAAUGAGGAACCUGUUCUCAUGCAGACAUCAUUGGACUUGAACUCCCAUAGUUCCAGCCAGCAUAGUAAAUGGUUAGGAAUUAUGGAAUUGGAGACCAACAACAGUUAAUAAGAGUGCCAUGGGUUCCACUACUAUGCUCAAAAACAGACGGUUGAUACUCCUUUCCUUAACUACAAUUUAUCUCUCAUUUCUUAAAUUCUUUAUCUACCUUGACAAGACACUCUGGAUCAUAGUUCUCAAACUUGUUUGGAGCUAUAGCUGCAUGUGAGGCCACAGAAUCUGCAUAUUUGCCAGAAGAAUGGCCGCAGCACAGCUAUUGACCAUGUAAAUUGAUAAAAAGGAAUCAACUGUGCUUUUUACGGCUGGAACAAAAAUCAUCCCCAAUGGUGGCUGCCCUGGUGCAUACAGGCAAAAAUGUGGUGUGGGUAUUCACUUUUGCUUGACUGAAAGUUGAGGAAUGUAGGGAAUUUGUAGUGCCAGUGCACACUGGAACCUUCUGAUGCUGUCUUUUUGAAAAUCUUAUCCUAGACUUAAAAGGCUGUUGGAGUGGUAAUCCUCAAGGAAAUGCAGUAUACUCUGGAAGCUCUCAAAAUCCACUUAACCCUAUGCUUGGAAAAAUAAUUACAAGAAAAUAGCACAAAAUCUUUCAUCUGUUUGCUUAGAUUAUAUUAGAGAUAUACCCCAAACACCUUGAUUUCCUCCAAAAGGCAAUUACAUCCCAAUGAAGAGGCUUCUUUUCCCCUCCCAUUCUCAUUUCUCCCACAAUACUUUGAAGCUUUUCAUUUGUUUAGAUGUAAUUUAUACAUGAUGAAAGUUUCUCUGUCUUCAGGAGUCUUCUGUUUCAAAUAGUCAGCUACACAGAGCUUUUAUGAGCUAUUUUUGAAAUGGAAAUACCCACCAAUUAUAAUUACCUGGGACAGACUGUACUUCCUGUGAUGCAGGGAGGUGAGUGAUAAGGAGACAUAAUAUUUGUGGGUUUAAAUCAGAUAUGGAGCAACUUAAUUUCAUUUGGCCAAAAACGUACAUUCACUUGCUUGAAUACCUGCCUACAACAAUCUCAUACUAUGAAGAUGCUUGUCUUAAGGAAGAAACACAACAUGUCAUAGACUAGAGAAUAUAAAGUAGAUUCCCAAGCGUCCCGUUCCCCCCAUCUUGUAUGUAGGAAGCAUAUGUCUUGGACAUAAAGCAGCAAGAGAACAGAUUUUAUGUUCACAUUUUGUAAAAUCACUUAUCUAGUACUAAAAUCAGCAUGUCAGUCCAAGAGUUAGGGUUUCCAGCAGUAAUGUGGGCAGAAAAUUUUCCAGCUUCUGAUUUUCCCAUUGAUUUUUCCCCUUUUCUUAACAUUCAUUUGUAAUGAUGGAUGUCAGUUGCAAAUACCAUAUUAGGCAAGCAUGACAGUUCAAACUUUUUUUUUUUACUUUGUUUACUAAAUGCAAGUAAAAGAAACAUGCCAAAUUAGUCACUGCCCAGGGAAUCAAAAAAGUUUCUGUUGCAGUAUGGAGCCUCUGUAUCUGUUUUUCCAUGUUCCUUAGCUGUUCCGCCUCCUUUUGUGAGAAAAAAUUAAAUCCCUACUUACUGCAGCAGGGGGGCAGGGGUUAGAUGGGUUCUGUGCACUGGAGCUGUUUGUUGGUCACAAAAAUUGCUAUUUUGCAUGCUGCUCUUGCAAACCUUUCCAAAGUGGAUCAAACAGUGGGGUGGAAAUUUUGGCUUGUGCUCAAAGAAAGGAAAGAAAACCCAACCGGCAUCUGUACAGUGGUCAUGUGAACUUUCUUGUGCCUGUGUAACAGUGUUUUUAUUCAAGCACUGGAGUCAUUAGAAGGCUUUCCUCUGUGUCUUUCUAUAAUUGUGAGAAGUAAUGCUCUGGAGUCUUCAAGGCGGAGAGAUUAAUUUUGCCAGUUGCACAAUGUACUACAUUCAGGAGAAUUGCAAAACAAAAUAAUGCAAAAAUUAAUAAUUCUUGUUCAGUGUAUGAUUAAAUUAUAUUUCAGUUACUGAGCUGGUCAGUAGCAAACUUUCGCCCACUUCUGCAAGUUAAAACACUUCUUUUCUUUACAGUUUCUAUGUGUUUGAUUAGCAGGUCAGACAGAGCAUUUGUUCAUUGUGUCUGAGAAUCUGGACUAUGUUCUUCCUCCACUGUCAAAGGCACUAUGCCUCUGAAUACCAGUUGUGGGGACUGUGGGUGGGCAGAAUGCUGUGGCUCCCAAGUCCAGCUUGCAGGCUUUCCACAGGCCAUUGUGAGAACAAGAUGCCUGUCUAUAGGGGCCAUUGACCUGAUCCAGCAGACUUCUCUUAUGUUCUUAAGCAUUCCCUUCUUUUCUGAAGAUUGUUUUAUGCUACACAACAGUAAAGUAAGACUAAAGCGUACUUAUUUAUAUUUGUUUUUAACACACUCUCAUUGCAAGGGCUUGAGAUAGCAACACUAUUUUAAAAUACAGCCUAGAAUUUUAUAUAGAUAGAUAGAUAGAUAGAUAGAUAGAUAGAUAACAGUGGAUAUACUAUUGGGCAUAUCACCCAAUAGGUGCAGGCGAUAAAGAUUAACCAAAUAGCACCCACAGACUGCACACCUGAUAUUUUAAGGAGAAGGCAGGUUCCUUCCUGUGUAGAUGAACUAUCCAAAAACAGCACCUGUUUUGUCAGGAUUAAUUUUAAAUUUAUUAACCCUCAUCCAAUCCAUCACUUUUCCCAAGCACUGGAUCAGCACUUCUGCUUUGCCUGAGAUAGCUGGGAAAUAUAGGUAGAGCUGAGUGUCCUUGGCAUAUUGAUGCCAUCCAAUUACAUAUCCUCUUAUAAUAUCCUUCAUUAACUUUAUGUAAAUGUUGAACAUAAGAAACAAAAUUGAUCCGUGUGGGACCCCAUAACAUAGAUGCUACUGGGCUGAAAUACAGUAGCACAGUGCCUCCUCUGGAACUGGCCCUCUAGGUAGGAGCAGAGCCACUGAAAAAUGAUGCCCUUGAUCCCUCAACUCAGAGACCCUAUGUGGGAGAAUACCAUGGUUAGUCGGUAUUAAAUCCUCCAGAGAUAUCCAACAAAAUAAGCAGGGUUAUAUACCUCCAUCUAUCUCUCAAUAUAGGCCAUCCAUCAGAGCCAGCAAGCAAUUCCAAAUCUGGGUCAGAAUCCAGAUUGAAAUGGAUCCAGAUAAUCUGUUUCAUCCAGUAGUGCAGAUUAGCCCUUUAUGUGUUGAAACCAUCAAUUUGUGUACGCACAGUUAAUUAAUUUAAUAGUUUGAUGAGAGACGGUUUCUUGUUAGCGGGAGAGAAAGCUGUUAAAUUAAUUGUAGUAUUGAGUACUUGGCUCAUUUCUUGGUUUUGACAUUACUGAUUUACUGUUGACUGUUUUACCCAAGUCAAAGUGCCAUAAAUCACCUCUGGGGUUAACUUCAUUCUGCCAUGAGGUUUCUAAAAGUCAAUUCCGACUUUUCUGCACUGUCAACGGAGCACUGACCAUUAUAUCUGCAGAUCUUCCAGUUACUGAUUACUGAGAUGUCUCUGUUGGUGUUCAUCUACAGAAUUCAGCACUAUUCAGUUGACCUGUUCAACCAGCCCCGGGUGCAAUGCACACUCACCACUGAAAACCUUGAGUAUUCCCCCUCCCCUCUUGGCAUCUGUUGCUUUUUGCCUGUGGAAAUGUUUCAACAGAUCAAAGUCCUGGUCUGUCUUCUUUUGAAACCCCUUCUGGAGAUUCAACAUUCUUGUUUGUUCUUUUUAAUUAGGCUUUAAAAUGGUCUGACAGGAUUUCUGAUGUUACAAAAGCAUUUUAAAGUGCUGGCAUUAAGGAAGCUUUGCAAUUGAAAGUGAUAUGCCUAACAUCAGUGUAAUCACUAAAUCCUCCUUUCCCCACCCACCCAUGAACCCAGAAGUUCACCGUGUCACCUUCAUCAUAAAGGUGAUUCCAUCACGGACUGGAGAAAUAACUCCUGUUGAGGGUAUGUCCAUGGUUUUACCCUUUGCUGAAUAGUUUUGGGUGGUAUUUUGAGAGUAUGAAAAUUUUUAGCCCUGAGGUCAUAAGAUGCUUCUUCACCUGAUGAAAAAAGCAGCACUAUUACAAUAAUACUGAUAAAAACACCUAGACGUCUGAGGGCCAGUUCCCAUAUUCAUGCUUAUCAGCAUCAAACUGGGGAUACUAGUCAAUUGCAUAAAUGCCAGUCUUCAUACAUUGUUUUGUUUGUUUCCAGUGGAUGUGGAAUGCCUUUCCAUUGCUUUGCAAAAGCAAAUAGUCACCCACACUUUAAAGAAGAAAAUAAAUUAACUCUCCAUAUUGUUGCUAGGAGAUAAUAAGUUAACAAUAGAAGAAACUUCCCAAAAAUGAAGGGAUUGGUAAAAAGGAAAUUGAAUGGCAAAGUCAAGAGGGUCAAAUCACCCCAGAUGCUUGGGAGCUGUUUAGAGACACAACAUUAGAAGUUUCUUCUGUAUUUCCUCAUUUAUUCUUGACCGUUGCGCUAAUAAUACUGGACUGAUUAGUCACUUUUUAAAAUUAAAAGUAAGCUUAGAACAAUUUGCAAUGUAAUACAAAACUUAAAACCAAUGCAAAACAAAAUAAAAAUGGCAAAUUUUCAUUUACAUAAAAGGUGGUCUAACGGAUCCUGGAGUCCACAGUAUCUAAAUCCCUCCAAGUUAAUUCCAAAAGCCUGGCUGAAAAGCACGGACUUUGCCUGGCUCCUAAAAGCAGUCAGUGACGGUGCCAUGCACACCUCCCUGGGGAGAACAUUUCACAACAGGGGGCUACCUCUGAAAAGGGCUGUUCUCAUGUUGCCACCCUCCACGCCUCCCUUGGAGAGGGCACACACAGAAGGACGACCAUUGCCCCUUGUCUUGGCAGGUGUGGAUAUGUGCUUCCCUUUUUCCUGACCUCUAGGCAUCUUUAUUAGCAAUAUUACUAUAUUUCCAUUACUGGCUCUCCGGAAACCUGUUAUAUCAUGAAAGUGGCAGACUAUUACACAGAAUGCCCUCUGGCUCACUGAAAUUUCAGCUAAGGAGAAGCACCCAGAGGUACAAUACUGAGCUAGAUGGACCAAUGUCCUAACUCAGUAUAAGGCAACUUCCUUUGUUCCUGUUUUCCAAGGUAUGCAAAACCUUUGCCUUUGCCUUACCGGAGGAGUUUUAUUUGAGUUGCACAAGUCUCUGAGUAUUUUUUUCUCCCUUUCAGGCUGUGCAUAAACUCUUCCCCUCCGAGUAUAACUUUCUAUUGUUAUUCAUAAUUCAGGUCUGUGUGUACAAAAUGAAGAAAUAUUAAAGGAAGGUAUUGUGCAGGUCUUUUCUGAUUAGAAUUUGGUAUAACUGCUUGUGAUUAAUUGCUCACAAAUACAAGUAUUAUGAAUUCUUGUCUUUAGGUUGCCUGAUCAGCAUGAUGUUGAAUCCCAACUGGCAGCCUAGUCACGCACUUCCCUUUGCAAUAAGGCUUCUCAUUAGUGCUGAACUAGCACGAUAACAAGAGGCUAAAUAAUUAAUCAAAUUGCUACCAUGCCAAAGAAUCAGUUCUGCUGGGUCUGAGUUUUCCCCCCCUUUUUGACUAAGAAUGUUAUUUCCAUUUUUAAAUUAUUUAUUUAUUUAUUUAUUUAUCGUUAAAUUACAUAUACAUACGUAACUGGACAUUCUAACAUGAUUGGAUUUAUAAUAUAUAUUUAAGGAUUAAAACAAAAUAUUAUAUUUAUUACACCACCAGAGCUAUUCUCCCAUUCAAAAGCAAAUGAUCCAACACCAGAUACUCAGAAUGUUAUCAGCAGAAAAUAAAAAGCAUGUUCUCAAAGAGUAUAAAGCAGAUUUAAUUGUACUAAAAGUAGAUAUGUUUUUGUACGUGAAAUUUUGGGCUUUAAUUUCUCUGUUAUGUAUUCUUGAAUACAAAAUUACAAGGACACAGAGCACUGACAUGGAGAUGCCCUCCCAGGUGAUAUAAAAUCUCUAUAUGUGAAUUUCUUGAAUCACUUUGGGGUUUUUUUUAAUUGACACAAAACAUUUGGCUCUCCCAACUGUUCUUGCCAGUUGCCUACCUACUUACUCUAGAGAGUGAAGGUAACUGAAUGCAUCUGCUGCUCAGAGUGGGCAGUGGGCAGUGAGCAACUGGCAAGAGCAGCUAAGACCACCACAAGCAGAUGCAUAUAUUCACUCUCCUGGCUGCUCCUGUCUGCCAAUUGCCUUUUUCUGGCAGAAGGCUUGAAUGCUUGCCCCUGCUGCUCUCAGCUGGCAUUUUUGAUAGGCUGAUAAAUUAUAAUAGCUGCAACUAUUGCCAGUUCCUCCUGAUACUAAAAACUCACACUGUUGCUAUCCUCAGCAUAGUUAAGUCUCUGGUUGAUAACAUGGGAAACUGCCCUGUUAUCUAAUUAUUAUCAUUUAUAACUUUAUAUCAUGCAUUUAUUCCACCAUGAGCUCAAGAUGGCGAAUACAAGGUAACCUGGCAGUCUCCGCCACUCAGACCCUUGGUCCAUUUAGCCCAGUAUUGUUUACAUUGACCAGAAGCAGGUCUCUAAGGUUUCAGACAGAAGUCUGUAUCUGUCUUACCUGGAGAUGCUAGGGAUUGAAAUUGGGACCUUCUACAUUCAAAGCAGAUGCUCUGCCAAUGAGCUAUGUUCUUUCCCCAGUAUCAGUCAUACUCAAAGUAGACCCACUGAUAUCACCAGCAUUGGGUAUCACCCAUGGUGCUGAAAACAACUCUAAUAUUUAUGUGUGCAUCUUAAACAUGUUUGUCCUGUGUUAAACCCUGAGAGUUAGCAGGGAAUUGCUUCAAAGUAACUGACUUACUGAUUGCUGCUCAUAUCUCAAUACUGUAUAAUGCAAACUGGUGAUCUGCUAACAUUCAGUUAUUGACCAUAGCUCAAAUCUGCAUGUUACUGUUUGCGGAUACUGAAUUCAACUAACCACAGUCUGCUUUAUUAUUAUUGUUUAUGUCAUGAAGUGGUGUUUUGCUUUGUUUUUUGCACUCUUAUGCAGUUCUGGACACACUACACAUACUGGUAGGAGGUCACAUUGAAUUCAGUUCUCCUUUUUUUUUGAGUAGGCAAGUGUAGGAUAGCACCUUUAACUGAGUAUCUGGAAGAGAUAGCCCUUAGAACAUUGCAUGGCAAGGCCCCCGAGCCCCACCCCAUCAGCACAGCACAGCCAGAGGCUAAAUUAACAAAGGGUAUCAUCAUACUGAAUUCCUGGCUUGAGGCAAACUAUUUGUAGUUGUCAGGUGUAUGGAGGUGUGUCUGCAAAUAACUGAAACCUGGAUUACAGUAUAUUCAGCAAGGCUUAAAUGGGUAAAUUUAAGCUUCUGGGCAAACUGUUAUUCCCCUCUUCCUUUCUAUUCAGAUCCCCUACUUGUUUUUUAACUAUUCAUACUUUGCAUUUUUAUUUAUCCAGGCUUGGUUGUAAGAACAUUUAACGACCAAUCAGAUAAAAAUGAUGUACUUAUUUCCAUGAAUAGUGCAAGAACAUUAAGUAAGUUCGUAAAUAAAUAAAGCCAGCUCUUAGGCUUGCUGUACAGCUUCUGUUGACAUCAUGGAUUAAGGACACUGGACAGCCUUUUGUAAACAAUGGAAAUUAAGUAUAUAAUCUUGAGAAUGUGUUUGCAUUUUCUGCUGACGGGGGAAUUGUUUUUGUUGCUCUUAGCAGAUGUGCCCUAAAUAACUUGUAAUCCCAAAUACAUUGUUUCUUUCCUCUUUAAAUUAUUUUUUUUUAAAUCCAAAUUAAAAAGAAAAGAGGGAUCCCAAAUUGUCUGCCCAUGUGUGUGUGUUUGUGAAAGAGAGAGAGACAGAGAGAGACUGUAGGGGAGGAGGAGGAGGAGAAAACAGCUACUCCAUCUCCGCCUAUAGUUUUUAAACCCUGGUUGAAUUAAACUAUGUAAACUAUGCUCACUUUAUUCGCAUUAUAAAAAAUCAGGGAAGCUGUUUUGGUCCAUAAGCAGAAAAACAGUCGGGUAAUGACUUUAUUAGGACCAACCAAAAGGCACAAAAGCUUUUGAGUUCUCUUGAACUGUUCAACAGGCACAAUGUUGCUAGUCACUACAGUAGCUUCUAGAAGUGAAAUGCCUCAGUCUAGCGUGGCUCCUCUGUGAAAUCUGAGGGAGUAGUGAGAGCUCUCUUUCUGCUGGAACAAUAUGCAUGGAAUGCCACAUUUAUAUCUUCCUGGCCUGUCUACCCAAUUGCUGCUGUCACUCUUGUAUUACCCCAUUUUUGUUGUCUUACCCCAAAAUUAGUUUAUAUUUAUUGUGAGAAAUGCAGAGCUUCCAAUUCUGACAAGUGUCAUUCUUGAUGAGACAAAGUGACAUGAAGCAUCAUACCAUACUUUCUCCAGUUCACAAAUUUAAAUAUUUGCACAGCGUAAGCAUUAGCAUCCCAAUCCUAAGCAUUUUCACUGUCUUAUCUGUGUAUAGCACAAGAAUAGCACCUCUGCGGCAGUGGCUUACCAUCGAAGUGACACAUAACCUUCCAAAACUUUUAUUUGCAAGCCUUACAAUCUGAUGUCAGUAGAUUUUAUUGUUUAUAGCCAGUGGCCAUCACAAUACAGUAUGAGCACAAAUCACACGAGACAACCUGAGAUAAACAUGCUUAUGUAGAAACAAUUCCUUUUGAAUUUUUGAAUCAAUGCAGCCUUUUUAUUAAUUUAAGUUAAUUUAUUGUUACAUUUAUAUCCAACCUUUCUUCCAAAGAGUUCACGGUAGCGUAUGUGUUUCUCCUCCUCUCUGUUCUGACAACAACCUUGUUUGGUAGGUUAGGCUGAGAGAUAGCCCAAAGAAUUCUAACUCUGGUCUCCCAAAUACUAACCCAACAUCCUAAAAUAAGCACUACAACUGCACUAGCUUUUAGGCUUAAUUGCUGUCACAUUUUUCUUGACUUUGUCAAAAUAUUGGUGUGCAGAAAGCAAACACUAUAUUAAUAUGUGUUAGGCAGAGCUGAUUCACACACGGGCUCAACAGACAAUGGAUGUGUGGCUCAGAAGCUCAGAACCUUAUGCGUACCAGAUCAUGUGUAUGCAGAUUCAUAUAUGAAUAGAUCCUGCUUGAACAUUCAAGGAAUUAAAAGGUCCCAUGGGAGGCAUAGCCAUGUGGACCUCAGUUCAGUUCAUGCUAAAGGUUCUGUGUGUUUUGGGGAAGAGAAGAAGACUAUGUCUUGCAACUGUGUUCCACUUACAUGCCAGGAACACAUGUAAACCAACACAGAGAUCAAAGAUUAUUUUAUUUCUUACUAUUCAUAUGGAGAUAGCAAGUAUGAGAAGAGGUGUUUUUACAGGAGUGUGAAUUCACAGUUUCUGUCUGGGUUGUUAAUCUGAGUCAAUAGUCCUGCCCUAUACAAUGUAAGAAACCCAUUACUCUGUGGGCCUUUCACAGUUCACUCUGCAUCUCUAGCAAACUCAGUACUCUUCCACCCCCUCCAUCCCAUUCAUACGAUUGUUUACAAGAUCACUUGGCUUUUUUAUGAAGAAGAGAAGGGUCAAGAGCCCUCAAGAUAACUAGGCAUUGUUCAGUCAUUCAGAUUUCUUCAGAAUCACAUUCACAUUUUGAAGGUGUAAACAAAUUAGAAGUUCAGUCAAGUCCAGGAGUUGGUGUCCCAGGAUAAAUGAGUGCAUAAACAGACCUUGAGCAAAUAAGGUCUGGCACUCUAUUGUUAUUUCUUAGUAUUUCAUUAUAGCCCCUUUAUGUCGUACAUCCCUUUCCUGAAGACAAAUAUCACCCCAACCCACCAUGAAUUCCUAUGCUUCGCCUCCUGUGUUGCUAACAUCUGAAAUUUGCAGUCUUGAUUUCAGAUGUGAAAGAGGGUCUUUUAAAUAUGAAGGCAACCACUGUUUCAAACAGGAACAGAGGACAAACAAUAGAAUGAGCAAACAGGUCUGUUGACUUGCCAGGAGACAUUCUUGACCUUGGUGGAAUGUUCAGGGAUCACCCAAGUAGUUAUUAAAAAAUUGCAUUCAAGAAUGUGCUAUUAUUUAAUAACUCCAGGGCCAUUUUUUUCUACCCAUAAGAAUGGCAGUGAUUUAAAGAUUACAGACCAUACAGACAGCUGCCUGUUCUCUUGUUUACUUGAUUCUCUAGUGUUUCUGCAAGUACAUAUGUGCAUGUCAAUGCCCUGUUUGUUUGUUGUCAAUUGCCCUUUCAUCGGCCCUGUAAGAUGUCACUCCAGAUAGAAGUCAGGGCUUUAUUGGUAGAUACUCUCUUCCAGUUUCAAUAGGGCAAGACCAUACUUAGCCAUUUAUUUAGGUUUGUGCUGUUCUCAACAGUUCAAACAUGCAAAAGCACUGUAGCCUGAGAGACUUCAUUGUGAUUACUAGGUAACAGAAGGAUUGGCUCUGAUCAGACAGCAAGAUAUGGUGCUAUCCUUGUAGUGUGGGUGGAAAUGCUUUUGAUGUUAGUGUAUUUUUAAUGACAUUUUAAUAGUCCUUUUGACUGUUUAAUUCCACCACCACAAUCAUGCAGUAGAAGCUCUUUCCUCUGCAACAGUGUCAAUUACUUUCAUAAGAAUGAAACAACUGGCCUGGUGUAAUGGGAGAGCAUGGAGGGGUCUUCUGUCAGAGGUGCAAGAGCAGACCAUGGCACUUAACAGCUAACUCACGAGGCUAGGGUGGGCAACAUUGUUUUAUGGAAUUAGACAUAAAUACAUAGCCUAUUUCAGAUGAUAGUUUAUUCUGCUGAAGUUCAUCAAUCACUACUUGAAAUGCUUUUGAUCUACUAAAGGUUUUGGAAGCAUAUUAUUUAUUAUCUCCUCACACUGGAUGGAUUUUUUAUUGUGUUGUGUUUUUUUAGGAGAGUACUGCGAAGUGAACGCUCGCUCUGGGCGCUGCGCUCCAGGAGUGUGCAAGAAUGGUGGGAGGUGCGUCGAUCUGCUCAUAGGAGGCUUCAAAUGCGAAUGCCCUGCUGGCGAAUAUGAGAGACCUUACUGCGAGAUGACCACAAGGAGCUUUCCCCCAGAGUCAUUUGUCACUUUCAAAGGAUUAAGGCAACGCUUCCAUUUCACUGUUUCUCUCAUGUAAGUUUGCUUCCUUUCUAGUGAAAAUUUCCACUCACUGACCUGGUUCACACACGAAGCCAAACCAUGGCAAAGAGCUGAAGACAUAUCUAAUGAAGUUCACCACUUGAUUUCAAUUUGUGUUUUUAAAAUAACCCUCAUGCCCACAAACUGUGUUGCAAGUUAACUAGUUCCAAAAUUGCAUGAAGGCUGUAGGUUAUGCAUGCCAUAUACCACAGCUGAAAAAGCAGAUGUAAUAAAAAUAGCUAAAUAAAAAGUAGAGGCAGCUUAAAAUCAUCUACUUCUUCAUCACAAGCUGUUUCUUUUCUCUUAAGCAUCUUGUCACACUUUCUGCAAUAAUUGUCAGCUGUGUGCCACCUACUAUAAGGCUGAGGAGCUUCUCUUUCUCUCUCCUUUCCUUCCUUCCACCAACCAGUCACUGUUUUAAAGAAAUAGUUUCUUGGCCACAUCCCAGUAAUAUGUCCUUGAUGAGGGUGGGUGGUUGCAUGACAAAUAGGGCAGAACAGCUAGGCAGGUCUUCGAUGCAGGCUGCAGUACUAAGAUCAGGUUCUUAGAAGUUCCACCCACAACAAUGGGGCUUCCUUCUGAGUAGACAUUUAGGAUUGGGCUUCCAGUAAGCAUGAAAGUGAUAGUGGCCUGGUACGACCCACCAUUUUUUGUAACCUCGCACAUCUGCUCCAUGCACUAUAAGAAUAAGUCAGCAGUGUCCUAAUUUGGCCUGCUAAGCCAUUUUUCCCAAACCACAGUUACCUUCUCCGUACCUGAUGCCAUAAUGGGACAUUGGAUGCGAUGCAGAUAAAGACAUAACUGCAGAAGAAAUAAUAUGGAGCCUUAAAGUGCACUCCUGUUCAUUCAUUGACAAGCAAGGCUGGCUGUAACUGCUGAUCGGUUGAUUGGCACUUAUAGCAGGCCCCACAAUAAUUGACUGGGUCAUCAACAGAGAAAAAUAUAAUGCAGCAGGAAAGGGUGGGAACAAAAACAUCAUGGAAGAAGGGUGGGGAUUCAACUUUUAAAUGUAUAUUGGAUUUGAUGUUAACUUGUUAAAAAUUGGUGAAACUCAAUAAAAAAUUAAUUGGCAAAGUAAAUCUAAAUUAGUCAUGUCCAUUAACUUCAAUGAGUCUACUCUGAUUAGGACUGGCACUAAAUGCCACCCAAUGUAUUAUAUUUAGAAAACUGUUCUAGUGAUGUCAUAGGCUCUCUUCAUAGAUACAGUUUCAGACAUUUUGCUAGUAUAUGGUACAUUACAAAGGAAAUAGAUUCCAUUUUACAGCUAGGAAUAUACUAAGUGUCCAUUCUUUGUUAACACAGUGGCUGGAAAUUCUUAAGAGGUUUGUUUACCGAGCAACUGUGCUGUAGAUAAUUCUUCACAUGUGCUUCCUGACCUGUUUUAGGUUUGCAACCAGGGAAAGGAAUGCUCUGCUUCUCUACAAUGGGCGUUUUAAUGAAAAACAUGAUUUUAUUGCACUUGAAAUAAUUGAAGAACAGAUCCAGCUGACGUUCUCUGCAGGUAAGACAUUUCUGUCUUUUUCGCUUGCUAAAGCCAGCAGUAGCUCCUUAUUGAAUGUGUGCAUGUGUCAGUGAAACUGGACAACUCAGUAGCGUGAGAGAGUCACCCAGUUGUAUCCAGAUUUUUUUAAAAAGCACGUAACAGCAAUUCUGUGUGGCUAUGCUUGGUGAUAGACUAAAGCAGGGGUUCCUAAGCUGUGGUCUGUGGGUCCACAACCUCCAUUUAGGGGGUUCACGCCAUGUCUUUCUUUGAAGAUGGAAGUGGUAAAUAUUAAAUAUUCACAUUGUUUUUAACUGUAUUUUGAGUGCUUCAUUUAUUACUAACACUGUAUUUUGUUGCAUUACAGUUUGGAUUCUAUGCAAUUCAAAUCGCAAUACAGUAAGAUGCAAUACAUAAUAAAUGAAAGAAGCAGUAAAAAUACAUUUGAACUUUUUACAGCAUCUAGCACAGCACAUUACAGGUGGAAAAUCAUUAAGUAGUCCACCAACAGACACACACACACCCCUAGUCCAUGAGUUGGGGGAUACUGUGUUAGAGUGAGAAGUAUGAUUUUGAUCCCAUGAACCAUUAAGAAUAAAGGCAGUAGAUGUAGAUAUAGACAGAUAGACAGACAAACAGACAAAGAUAGAGAUAAAAAUAUAUAGAUACAGAUAUAGAUAUAGAUAUAGAUAUAGAUAUAGAUAUAGAUAUAAAUAAUAGGUCAAAACCUGUGGUUUUCAAACAAAUUAGUGCAUGGGUAUUUCUAAAAUGUCUGCAGUUGUUCUGUUCACUGGAACAAAUACUGGAUUUACAGUCACAAAGCAAAUGGAUUUUAGACUAUUAGGAGAUCUGCUCAAAAGGGAAAUAAAUAAGAUUAUAAGCCUAUGCAUGCUUACUCAGAAAUUCCAAUUUUGUACAACUUAAUGCUCUUUAAAGUGUGUAUCGCACUAUACAAUUGCAUAAAGUACAUGAUGGGUUUUAUAAAACAGAAUCAGAAGUUUUCAUUGUCAACUAUACACCACAUUGAAGGAUUCAUUGCUACAAUAGUGAGCUGUGAGUGCCUAAUUUUAUAAGGUACUGAGUGUUCCCAAAUUGCUUUAGCAGUCAAUGGGACCAUUCAUGUACUUAAACUGAAGCACAUGCCCCCAAUAUUUUGUACCAGACCAUUUACAUGGUGGCUGAAAAUAGAAAGUGCAUCAAAAAGUAGGCCUAUUUUCGACUUAUGUAAAUUAAAACGCAUAGUAGGGCAACACUGUUCAUGUGUAGCAGAAGCAAGUUCCACUGUGCUCUGUUCCUCAGGCUGCAAUCCUAUUCACACUUUUUUGUGAGUAAGCCCCAUGGAACACAAUGGGACUUGCUCCCAAACUAACAAGCAUCAGGCACUGUAAUUAAAUGAACGAAAGAAGGGAAUUCAAAAAACUGCCAGAAAUACUGAAAACUGCUGGAUUGGUUCUUGAUGUGCAUAAGGCAAAGAUGUAGUCUUUUGGAACUCUGAUUCUGAUAUCAUUGAAGAAGCUAUUUUUUGGGUUUAAACAUUUUGAGAUGGUUGACAUACGGCUUAAAAGUACUCCAGAGGAAACUUAACAUGCCAGGUGAGAGCGGCAAAGGGCAAGCGCAAUCCAUAUUCCUUUUGUAAUGUAUGGCAAAUUUUUAUUGAAUACAUAAAUUGUUCAGACUGUGGCAGGAAUCAAACCAGCAUUCACAGGAAAAUGUGGCAUGAUCUUUUAGAGUAAUCAAAUGAAACUUUUAACACAAUGACAUGGUAAAAGUGUAAUUUCAUCAGGACAAGUUAUUGACAUUUACUGUUGUAAUAAUUGUUUCCUCAAAAUUUAUCUUCUGUACCAUGAAAAUAAAUAAAAACUUUAUUUAUUUUUUUAAAAGUACUCCAGAGGGUUGGCAAAUCCUCUAGAGGCUGCAGUGGGGAGCAAGAACCUCCAAAAUUGCCUCUCUUCCCAUUCUACCCACGGUUCAGAGCAGCUUCCUUCCCAAGCUGAUAUACCUAGCAUAUUUUUUUAAUAUAUGACUUUUGACACCCCAAGCCUUCCAGGACAGUAAUUUUGUUUUUAAAAGAUAAUGCUCCUGCUAGUUUUCUGAGCAUUAAGACCUCCUAACAAUAGUGGCACACAAGAGGAAGAAAACCAAGGCACCUUUGCAAGGUGAGGAAGAACCCUCAGGUGGUGUUUCUCUCCAUUGCAGCUGUAGGCUGGGAGAAGUCUGGUGCUGUUAACGGGGAGGAAAGUCACUAUCUUUGCUUUUCGGAGUUUGCUUUCUGAAGAGCAGAAAGUGCACUUUAUCUUCCCAUCGCAGCAGGGCAGUUCUAAGAGGAGAGGUUCUUUUCCCAGCUCAGCACUGCAGGUAGAAAAAAAAAAUCUGUGUUUGCUCUUCAGAGGACUUUAUCUCUUCCUCACAGCCACAGCUCAGCUUCCCCUGUGUGUGUGAGUUUGCUGGGUGUCUGCAUCUCUCUCUCUCUCUCUCUCUCUCUCUCUCUCACACACACACACACACACAUACACACACCGUGUGUAGUGAGUGUGUGGACUGAAGUACAGUCUGUGUGGAUGUGUUUGCAUGCACAAAACUGAAUGCACAGUUGCUGGCCAAAAUGACUUAGGCCAUCAUCACAGCUGGCCUUCAGAGGAGGCUAGGGUCAAGAAAGGGUAAGCGUUCCUGGUAUAAAGUAACCCAUGAUUCUUACCAAUUUAAAUUCAGUUAGUUUUCCUGUUCAUGGGUGCAAAGUAUUAACAAGGAACUGAGAUUUUUAAAAGCAUAAAUUUGGGGUGUUUUUGCAUUUGAAUGUCUCCGUUUGCAAUAGGAAUAUUAUAGUUGCACUUAAGAUGGUCUUAGGUUCAUGAAAGUGAUCAUGGAAGCAGAUUAUGUUAACUGUCGAAACGUAUGUGGUCUCUACCACUUCUUUUAUGCAUGUCUGAUGAAAGCUUAGUUGAUUGGAACUUAUUUGUAUUUUCUUUACACUCAUUAAGCAGCAACAUACCUUAUCUUUAAGAUGAGUUGGAUCUUUUUGCCAGGGCACAGUUUUAAAAAUUGAAGACAAUAGUUUUUGGGUUGUCAGGUAGAGGGAUGGGCUUCAUAGAAAUGGAGGAGGAAGCAUAAAAAUGCACAUUUUAAGGAAGUUGCUGGAUGCUGGUGGCUGUUGAGUUCAGUAAAACUAAAAAGGCUGAAACCCACAUAUAUUGGCUUAAGUAAGUUGUGCAUCAAUUCUGUGAGUCAUAGGAGCUAUGGUGUGUGAGUAUUCUGGACCUUAAAUGCACUCUCCUACACUUUCACGCAAGAGAUAUAAUUAGAUGUGAAGCAUUUUGCCCAAAGCAAUACUUUCUAUAUCUACUAAGUCUAAUUGGAAAUCAACCUAUGGUAUAUAUAGUAACCAGAAAAGAUUUCUGUCUAGAUGGUAUCAAUUAUUUGUUGGUGUCUGCACCCUCAAGCACUUUUUUAUUAAGAAAGAGCAAUAGUGAUGCAAGAGGAAGGCUGCUUGUCCUGUUUUGUGUCUGCAUAAGCCAGACGUUAUUUCCGAAAGAUUUGUGCUAAAAUACUAUAGAGAAGAAACAGAGAAAAAGAGGACUGCCAUACUUGUGUAUACAUUCUUAUAUACUACGUAAGAUCUUUGAGAUAUUAAAUUUUAUCAGCAUGGCUGCGUGCCUUUAUCAUAAGUCUGCUUCAUGAAAAAUCAUAUCCAUGAAAACAUUUCCUCUUUAAAAUGGAAAAUUCGUAAGUCAGGGGAGAGUCAAGUGCUCUGAUCCAGCAAGAAAAACCGAUGUAUAAAGCAAUAUUUCAGUGCCUGCACUCAGCGUGGCUGCAAGUGAUACCAGUAUUCUGGGCCCCAUUGAACUGGUUGAAUUUUAUUUUUAAUGCUAUUAUGCAUUCCCAUCUGGUCACAGUUUGCCACGUGCAACUACUUUGGGGUGACUUGAUACAAGAGCUGUUGGGUUGUAUGCAAUUAAGUGGUCCUCUUAGCGCAAGGAUUUCCAUCUAUGCAACAGGACUUCCUCUCCCCAUGUGCCCCCCAGUCCCCUCCCCGAAUCUGUUUUAGAGCAGGUUGGGAAGGCUGGAAAGGGAGAAGAGGUCCUGUUGCUCAGGCAUAGAUCCUUAUGCUAAUAGAUACAGCGCAUCAUUUUUAAACUAUCCUUUGAUAAAAUAAGUGACACAUAGCCUUACAUCUGAUUCACGUUGCAUUCUGUAAUAUGAGCAAAUAUAGGUCACAAAGCAUCUCAGCAACCAUGACCUACAUGUACAAACUCUUGAGUAUAGAAGCCUCUGAGGGACAACAUGGGGCAAAAUCACAACAUAUAAUUCAGUGGUGUGGAAAGUGCUUACUCUUAUGCAAGGCAGGGGCGGGGCAUUCAGUUUUCACCAGCCAGGUAUGAAUUCUAAUCCAUAUACCAAACUGUUCCCAAGGGUUGCCCAACUCCCAGGAGCACAUUUUGUAGGAGGUGUAGAGGGCUGCAGUGAAUAACAGAGUGGGUGGGGGCUGCCCAAAAUCAGAUGCUCUACCUUGGGCAAACAGAAAUGCUUUCAGUUUCCACUUUGUUUGAAUAACCAAUGUUGUAAAAUAAACAGAAGUUGGGAAGUUGUCACAGAUUUAAAGACAAGCACAUAUAUUUUACGACUGUUAUGAAACUUUAAUGCUUCCUACUAUGGAAGUAGCUUUUCUUUUUGUGGGGGACUGAGAUAAGGGGAGCCUUACUUCUGCAUUGUUUGUUUUUGUCAGUGUUGCAGAAAUUAGGAAAUGCCUAACCUCUAAAAAGAGGCUGUAUUUGUGUUCCUCUUUCAGUUUAACGCCUGUCUGUAUAAACUGAGCAGGUGUAUAUGUUAAACUGAAGGAAACGUUUGCAUGAAUACAGCUAGAAAUAUAGUGGUUUAUCGUAUGCAUCGGGGGGGUUUUUAAUGUCCCCCCCCCCUUAUUCUUCUGUAAUGGAAACUUUUGUCUAAGUAGUCAUUCAUAACAAACCCUGCCUGACCAAUUUGACAGAACCUUGUGUACUUUUGCUGUAGAUGUUUGUUCUUACCUCAGAACAGCAGUGAAUAGUCACCAGGCUGGUUGUACUGGUAUGCACAAUUAAUCUGACAUUCUCUGCUUUAUCGGAUCCAAUCUUUAAGAGACAUUUUAACGGAAAAGAAAGGAAGCAAUGCCAUUAAUUGCAAGGUUAGAACUCCUGGAGCUUUCUAGGGCAAAAAAUGUUUUCUUUGUUCCCUCACACCUUAUCUGACAGUCCUGUAAGACCCCAGCCUGGAAAAACAAAAAAGCCACAAAAAUGCACAUUCUUUCUGUGGGUAACAACUGUUUGCACAAUCUGUAUUUGCCCUAAAUAUUUACCUUUUGUUAGGAAAAGUGUUUUCACUCUUUAGUUAAAAUUUGAGGACUGCCACCUUCUUAAGCACCAGAACACUAGAUAUAGGGGGUGUAAUCCUCUAUAUUUGUAGGAAAGUAGUUAACAAAUUUGAAUAUUGUUUGCAUUAACAUAAUUUAUAGCAAGCCAAAGUUUAUAGUAAACACAGUUAAUACUCUGCAGCUAGUCGUUUUGUUGUCAUUUAUUUGUGAAGGAAUUGAAGUGUCAGUACCUUCUUGGCGUUUGUUUUCUAGAUGUGAGAAUGAUGCCAAUGAUGGAUGAAUGAAUGAAUGCAUAACUUGGAGAAAGGCAACCCUCUCUCCAGUCCUGCCCUCAAUGCAGUCAAGUGCAGGAAGAUGAAUGAAAAGUUUUCCCUCAACUGCUAAUCAAAAUUUUUGUUAAUUAUAAAGAUGAUAGUGUAGUGGAACUUUUUAAGGUGACUGUUUUUCUUUCUCUUUCAUGCAACCUUUCAGGGGAAACCACUACGACAGUUGCCCCCUUUGUUCCAGGAGGGGUUAGUGAUGGGCAGUGGCACUCUGUCCAGGUGCAGUACUAUAACAAGGUAAGGCAACAUGUUUGGGAUAUAUUUUUGUGAACUGAAUUCUUCUUCAUUCAAAUUGGCCAGCUUAUUUGCUCAAGAGAACCAGAGCCAGUCUUUAGACUUGUACAGUGGACCUACAUUUAGCCAAAGCAUGUUGCUGGAAUGGAAGUUUUUAACUGAGACAUAAUACUCCCUGCUUUAAAAGAGCAAUAAAGUGGCUGGCUCUAACCCUUAGAACUGUUGGUGUAAGAUUCUGUAUCUCUGCCAGUGAGGCUGCCAUGGCUGCUGUCCACUAGGCAGUGGUGCAUUAAAGUCUAUGUAAAGCCUUAGAAAAUCAAGUCCAGCAGGUUGCAUACAGAUCAGCAUCCUCCUUUAAAUGAACAAUAUGGGUUUCAACUUGUGAGAGUAAGAGCUCUGUUUUGUGCACUGAAUUCCUCCUGUCAUAAGAAACUGCUGAUUCAGGGGAAGCCUUUCUUUAUUUUUAAACGUAAAGAGAGCAAUUAUUCAGAUUCUUUUUGUUGUUGUUGUUGCUGUAUUUGUAGCAUAAUUAAGUCAGAAGCUCUUGGUAAAUAUCCAGGGAGAGAGAAAACAACAUAAACAAAGAAAUAGCUCUGAAUUCAUUGGCUGAAUGCCAUUUUCAAUUUAACAAUUUAGACUGAAGAUAAUAGCAAAUAAUUGCCACUUCUAAAGCAUCUGGCUCUACCAUGUUGUCUCUGAGGUUUUAAGAAAUAUAUAAUCUUGAGUCUGCAUUUCAAGUAAAAAUGUUACCUGUUGCACAUUCUGAAGAGUUUAAUUGGUGGAUAAGGUUUGGUGUUUCUCUUACAUUGUUCAGUUUUGUAUCUUGUUCUGUGUAGUGAUAUAUGUGUGUUUGGGUGGAUCUGGUUUUAUGGCACUGAAUCCCUGAUGCCAUCAUGCUUUCGUUGGCCUGUUCAAUGAUUAGAAUUCUUUGUCUUAGUUAAGUACAUCCUCCUUGAAGUUUACAGUAAAUAUUUGGCACACUUAAAAUCCAGUCAAACUUAAGCACAUUUUAGACUCAUUAAUUUCAGUUAGAAAGAUUUAAGCACAUACUUAAUGGGGCUUCAGGAUGCUGGUUUGAUUGGAUCGUGCCUUGAUUAUCAGCUGAUAAAAUUCCAAGAACCCUGGCUGACUUGACUUAAUUAUUUCAUCAUUAGCAUGAUCAGUAAUUUCUGCUUGGGAACUUUAUGAGGAAUAUAGUUGCUUCUUGAUGAGACGGAGGAUAUAUUCAUACAAUUGUUGAUUGAUUAAUUAUCAAUUUAAUGGUACACAAUGCAUUGUCUUCCUAAGCUUAGGAAGCAAAAUGAUGAGAGUAGGAUUUUUUUCAUCACAUGAUAAGCUUGUAAAUGUAUUGCAGGUCUGUGGGUUUUCAAAUGUUUCAAGUAUUAUAAUGUUCAGGGGUGUCUCAUGGUUUGGUUGGCACUUAAGGCAGGAUGGGGUAGGGUGGGGCAGAGUGACAACUGCAGUGACAAGACACUCUGAUACAAACUAAAAGUGGACCUCAGGAUUUCCCUAGUUGUCUGAGAGAAUUCUGAAAAACAGCAGAGUCUCAAUACACAUGGAGAGCUAACUUUACCAAAGCCAAGGAGAGGUUGAACAUGCAUUUCCCCUUGAAUUGUGCUGCUCCAAAUGGUUACCUGCCAAAGCAAUUUGGAUUAUAUAUAGAGGGUUCUCAUGUUUAAACCACAUAGCAGGAGUCAGUAGCUGAAAACUUACCCCAGACAAAUUCAGUUCCCUGAUAGACUCUUUCUUACUCUCGCCAGUUGCCAAACCAUGAAGAAAAGAGGUGGGUCAAUUGAGUAGCAUAUGUAGCAUCCUGAUUUGUUAGUAGUCCUCUUAUGAGGACGUAGGAAUCGUGGCCUUCUGACUCUGCGUCCAUUCUCAAAGCAGCCUUCUGUGUAAACUAGUUGCUGUUUAGUGGUACAGUGGUACCUCAGGUUAAUUACCUAAUUCGUUCCGGAGGUCCUUUCUUAACCUGAAACUGUUCUUAACCUGAAGCACCACUUUAGCUAAUGGGGCGUCCUGCUGCUGCCGCACCGCUGGAGCACAAUUUCUGUUCUCAUCCUGAAGCAAAGUUCUUAACCCGAGGUACUAUUUCUGGGUUAGCGGAGUCUGUAACCUGAAGCGUAUGUAACCUGAAGUAUAUGUAACCCGAGGUACCACUGUAUACAGGAUGAUGAAAAGAAGACAAAAGAAUUAUAUCAAUAAGGAUGCUGUGUCAUUGAAAAUCAUAUUAUAGCUUGAAUAUGGAGAUUCAGGAUUUUCAUGAAGUCUCCGCAUAUUGGCUCCAAAUGGAUGGCUGGACCGCUUCUGUGACUGAAGCAAUCUUAACUAUGGUUUGUUGGAACCACCCACCUUCAUACCCCAUGGUUUGAAGUUGGCUUGCUUCAACAAACCAUAUGAACUAUGGUUUGUCUGGCUUUGGACUUCACAAGAAGCUGUGGUUAAGCAAAAAUGGAAGCAAAGGCUUCCAAACUGGUCCUUGCAGCUGCACAUAAAGCCUAGGGCUUACUGCUGCUCAUUCUGGUAACCCUCAGCCAUGGUUUAGCGUGUGAACAAAAUGAGCAAUUCCACUGUUUCAGCCUGCUUUAAGUUCUUUUAUGAAGGAAACUUACCCAUUCCUGCGUGUAUUUUUAUUUUCAGUCUUAUUUUGCUUAUUUUGCUUCCCUGCCAUACAAUUACAAAUAUUUGUAGCUUGUUUCAUCUGUGUGCUUGGACCCCAUGAUAAAUUUCCUUACAAUCUGAAGAAACACUCUGCGUUUGGGUGUUAUUUCAGAAAGUAGCUUUAAUAGAAAGCUGAUAAAACGACAGAUGAUAGAGUAAUUCGUAGUUCUUUUGCUGGAGCCAUUCCUGCCCAUUGGCCAAGAAGCCUGGGAAAAGGAGCAUAUAUCAGCUGAAGUCUGGAUUUCUUAGCUUGGUUGUUGGUUUAGAAUUCUAAGCAGCUGCCAAGAAGAUAAGGACUUGAGACAGCUCCAGGGUAUUCUUUAAAAAGGAAAGUGAUCCCACACACUGGUUAAAAAUAAACCUUUGUCUCAUUUUCAUGAUUCUUUUGCUCUCCCCACCCCCAAGUGAUAGAUGUCUUCUAGCAGUAUGAUUAUUCAUGUUUGAAAAUAGGUGGGAAAAUGCUUUGCAAAUUUUGUGUACAAGCUAAUUUUGCACCUAUUCUAAAAACCAGAUUCUGCCUCUCUGAGCUCAAGUAAAUUAAUAAGCUGCUUUGGGAACAAAAUUGGUGCAAGCAGUCUCAGGAUCAGAUCACAGUCACAUGCCAUGCAGAUGUCUAGCUUUUAUUUACUUAAUUCCUCGCCCUGCAACAGCUUAUGUACAUGAAGUUAAAAUUGCAAUAAAACAGAUUAAAACAGAAGCAUUAGUACACCACUAUAUGAAAGUAGUCUGCAAAAUAAAAACAAACAAGCAAACAAAGGCAAUUUACAGAGGAUGAAAAAGUCAGGGGAAAUAAAAUAAAAAAUCAUUUUCCUGGCACUGAAGUAACAUCAAGGUUGGUGCCUAGUAAGCUCAUCUGGGGAAGACAUUCCACAGGUGGUGGUCCCACCAGCAAAUAGUCAUCCUCCAUACCUCAAAUGGUGGCAUCUGAAGAAAGCUUGUUUCUGGUGGAUUUUCCUGAAAGCUUGUUAGGAUGAUGGCUAUGGAAUUAUUGCAUUGAAGCAACUGCCUAUUGAAUCUUACUAGAAACAGUAGAGGAAGCUUCUGGUCCUCUCUGAGGCUACAGAAGCUCUAGUGGCCUUUUGGUGUAUUGUUGGCACACAUGCAGUGCGCACUAGCCUCUGCUGGGUGGGUGAUUUAAGCAAGGCUAAGCCACAGCCCUGCCUUCUGCUCCCCUUUUCUCAGAAGGAUUCCUUCCCUUGUGUGACUGAGGCAGAGAACAGCACUUUUGCCUCCAGUGGUAUGUGUUUGGAGGCAAUUCAUUGGCAGACUCUUGUUUUAAGGAGGACUAAGAUUUAAAAAAGCACUAUGAGGGGUUUGCUAAGACAUAGAUAAUUUAGGGAUUAUGGGCUGUGCCAAGAUAAAUGGAUGUUAUGUCUAAACUUGAAACAACUCAGACACGUCAUAAUAACUCCAGUGUAUUUCUCUACUUAAACUGCAUAAAUAGAGCAGGUUUGAGAGUAAGGCAGCUUUCCUAUUAAUUUCAUAUCUGCAUUAUUUCUAGGUCUCUCUAUUGCUUUCUCCUUCCUCUCCCAGCAAAUCUGUUACCUUACCAUUCUAGAUUUCUGUUUAAAUGUUGUUCUUCCUGUAUAUUUCAUCUCUGUUCUACUAAAAUGGUUCAGUACUAUGUUGUUUAGCCAGUGUUAGCAACCAAGGCAAGACAAAUUUCUCUUGCUCCCUAAACAUAUUUGCAUUUAUCUAUAUGCUGCUUUCUUUACAUGGCCCUCUCUCUGAGACACUUGUAAUAACUAGCAUCUCUUCAAGUUCUGCAUCCUGUAUAUAUGUGUGUGUAUACAUAACGAGAGAGAGAGAGAGAGAGAGAGAGAUUUUCAAAAUAGCUUUAUUCUUAGAUCAGUCGAAUAGACAGGUGACCACCAGGAAACCUCCAGUAUCAAUUUCAUUUUUUACUAUACUAUUUUAAAAAAUUGAUAGAAAUACCGUAAUUCAUGAUGAUAGAAAUAGGCAAAUAUAACAUUUUGUUGUUUUCUUAACAUUUGAGGCAAAUGAGACACAAUUGCUACAAAGAUCACUCAAUCACAAAUGCACCUCCUUAAAACUUGGAAGAGUUUCAUUCCCUUACUUAGUGCAUCUAAAUUUCAGUGUUUCCACUUUGGAUGAAUUAUGUUGUAAAGUUUCAAGGCUUCACAGGUAUCUUUAACUUAUUACACCACCUGCAAUGAGUCUUGAAAGGAAAACAGGACUUUGACUGAUUUUGUGGAGCAGGAGUUUUUAAAAAUUAAAAUCUUUGAUGUGCUUCCAAAUCCCCUUGCUGUGAAUCAUGUUAUCUUUAAUCUACCAACUAAAUUAUCUUUUCUUUAAUACAAAGUGAAGCUUUAGCCAAAAUUAAAUUGAGCAUGUCUUUUUCAUGGGAAUGCCAAAACAAAUUACACAAUUUGAACAAAUACUAACAAUUGCAUACACUUAAUGAAAAUUAGAGAGUAGCCUCUUAAAUCCUAACAUGCUAUGUAAGAGUCAACAGAAUUCUGCAGCUUGUUUUUCCAUUGGUAGGUAUGUAAAGCAGCCUUGACAGGCUGAUUGGGCAAUUUGUUUUGAGCAAAGCAUAUAUAAAAAAAUACACCUCUGCAAUCUCCAGUCAACAAAUGCAAGAUCCAUUUGUGGUAGCAUAACAUAUCCUGCAGCCCUGGCUGCCUCUGCAGCUGAAAGAUAGAUUAUCUCACUUCCUUCUGGAAAACAGGUUUUGCAUGAUGAUAGCAGUCACCUGUUAUGUGACCACAGUCGUACUGUACCUCUGAGAUUAUCAUUUGCUCCACUGUAUACCAGUCCCUAGUUAUCUCACUGUUAUCCUUUAGAAAACAAUUCUAUCUAACGUCAUAGGUAAAUACCAGGGUAAUUAUUUAGAUUGCAAUCUGAGAAUGUGCCAGUUAGAAUUGAUUUCUGAGUUAUUAAUAGUAAUGAUAUUUGUGUUUUGGAAUUAAUAUACCUUUAAUUUGUUGAAAAGUCAUCAACCAACCUAGAACCUAAACACCUUUUAUUCCAAAUAGUUUAGAUUAGCAGUUUGCCUAAUGGAUGAAAAAAUAAUAAUAAUCACAAUCUAAUAGGAUCCAUAUGGAAAUGUGUAGUUGAAGAGAGAUCUGUGGCCAGCCACACCUUCGCUACACAAUGUGUAGUAAUGUGCCCAGCUUACAAGGAAAUAAAAGCCAGCAGUCAGAAGAAUCCAUACACCUAGGCCACUUUUACGGAAAGCACUUUUUAGGAGCAGUGAGCUCUUUCCAGAAGGUGUCCGUAGUGGUGGCUUACACAAGUUAUCAUGAAACAAACACUGCAUCUGUACACCAGCCCCUCACUGGCAAUUCAGUCUAGCCAUUUCCCCAGAAGAGGUUAAGAAGGAACAUGUUCUUCUGUGGCAAUACAAUAGCAAGAACUUUUUUGUUCUCCCUUCCCAAAACCUGUAAACUGGAGGAAUGAACAUUCAAAGUCUUAAGUGUGGUGGCAACAGUUACAGUACCUUUACAAUAAAGGUAAAGGUCGGGUCACAAUCCCAGGGGAUGGUUGAGGUGGAAACUUCAUCCUCUUUGCAAAGGAUGCAAAAUAGCCAAAGCAAUUAAUCAUUGUGAUUCCCUGUCUCUCUAGAUGCCUAGAGAGAACAUGUGUGCAUGCAAAAAUACUGACUGUUGAUGUGUGUUAACGGCUUGCCAGACUGAGUCUAGUAUAAGGAUUCUGAGUCUACAUUACUUGGGUAGAAAGAAUUUCAACCACCGUCACAGCCCUUAGAUAACCCGCAACUGCUAGUAUUUUCCUUUCUACACAAGUAUUAAAGGUAUAUAAGCUUAAUCAUCUAUCAAUUGAUAGGUGCCAAGUCUUAAAAUAAUUUUUUUUAUAUCUGGAUGGAGCUCACAGAACACAUUCUGUUCAUCUCAGAUAUACACCUAUUGCAUGUGCUUAGAAGUAUCCUGUUAUUAUACAAUAUUGUGCAGACAUGAUGCCACACGCCCAAGCACAGCACAGUGUAGAUGGCACAGUCAGAAAUCAAAACUACUAAGAAAGUGAAUCAAAUUCUAGCUCAAUUCAUCUGUAUGCCUUUUAAAACAGAUAAAAUUCAAGGCAAUCUACAGAAUGCAGAUAAAACAUGCACUUGUAUUAUAUCAGUAAGGAAUUAAACAUAGUGUGCACCUAAUCAAAUCUAAUAACUUUGUGACAUGUUGUUAUAACAUUAAAGGACAGGCUUAUCCUAAUUAGUUAUAAUCUAGCUGAACAGUGAAUGGAUCUUUGUACGAUGUAGCUGUAGUAUAGCUGUUCUGCCCUCAUUUUAUUUGCUGAUCAAUAAGAGUGUGAGGCACGGUGACAAUAUAGGAAGCUGCCUUAUACCUCUCAGAAUUGUCUGAUUGGCAUCCAUAACAUGUGUUCUACCACUGAAUUAUAAUACCUCCAUUUGUAGCUGCAGCUGAAUAUCCACAGAAUAACUAAAAUCAUUAUUGGGUUGCACUUUUAGCCAUUCCUUGAUGAAAAUAUUUUGCCCACAAACUACCCAACUCCAUUUCUUAGAUCUUGGAAAUUUGAUUGCCAGUUUAGAUAUUACAAACUAAUCAGAAAUGUAUUUAUCUAAUCAGAAAUAUGUAUUGUUGAGUUCAGUGAGAUUUACUUCCUGGUUAAUAUGCUUAGAGUUAUAGCCAUAGACAUUACCAGAUUAUUAGAGAACACAAGGUAUGUUUUGAAAUGUUAUUUUAGCACACUUGAGUGUCUUCCAUUUGUUAUACAGCAGUGUGUCAGAUGCCUGUCUGUAACUUCAUUCUGUAGUGCUUCAAUAACAUUUCAAGACUAGGCAGCCAUAAAGGUACUUUCCACCUGAUUGUCUUGAUCCCUAUCUCUUGGUCAGCUGAUGACUUCAUUUGAUGGUGCUGGGACAUAGAUGGCUUGAGCAGCAGCAUAUAACAAAGUUAUGGAUGACAUCUGAAAUGAGGAUUCGCCGAAAUUCAACACGCAAUUAUUUUCACAAUUUGUUUUGCAAUUGUCACCAGUAGAGAUCGUAGUCAGAGAGAUAGAAUCAAAGAUAUUAGUCCCAGUGCCUUCAGAACUAAAUCAUUAAAGGAUUGAGAAGGAUUAUCUGCAUAAACAGUAUCAUUGGAGAAGAUUAUUGUAACAAGGCUGUGACUGAAAAUAACAUCUGUUUCAGAGUGUGAAUUGAAUGUGGAUGUGAACUUUAUAACUUUGUUAAUGUUUCUUGUCACAAACAUGGUCUAUAAAUUGGAUAUUUCAGCUGUUUGAAAACUUGUGCUUGGUAAAUUGGUAUGUAAAUGGGAUGGCAAUUCAAAAUAUCAGUAUUAUAUAUCACUGUGCAGGCCUGCUGUGUGGUGGUUUUCUUUCAAACUGGUAGCAGAUGGGGUCAUGCACAUCUGAUUAUUGGAAAGAGAUUCCUAAAGGCCCAGUCUUAUAAAUUAACUCUUUAAUAUCAGAGGGCCUAUAUGAUUCCAAUCUGCCCCCCCACUACUUCAGAGAUACUGUGCUGGUGAUUGUUCACCCAAUGUUGUGUAUAGGUGCUCACUGAUGCUACUGCACAGGGGUUCAGAAUAGGGUUGUGAGAUCAACAACUGCCCCAUAUGUUCACUCCUCUUUCAGCCCAGCACCCCUGGAAGGCUAGCACAACAUUGUGUUUGCCACCAUCAGUAGAAAGGGCAAAAAAAGCACACACACAAAAAACAACAAUUAAUUGCUACCUGUAGCAACACAUACUCUAGUGCUUAUGCAGCUAAAAGAUCUUUGCUUUGAUCCUAAUGCUUGUGCAGUUACAGAAUCUUAUUAUGAUGGGGCUAUGUAUAUAUAUUCCUAUGAAUAAUAUUACGUUAUAAGGAGACAGACAUAAAUAUUACAAAGGUUGCUCACUAUAGAGGGUGAUCACAGCACAUUCUUCAGAUGUGCUGCCUGCUCAUCUUCACGGCUUGAAGUGACAGGCAAGCAUUUUGACAAAUCAAAUGUUGUUCAGUCCAUUCCCUCCCUUUCCACCACCAUUUCAACCUGCUUCAACUCCACCUGGAGAAAAUUAAGAAAGCAUCCUGCAACUGGGUGCCUGAGAUGGAAAGCCACCAGCUAGGAGCUCUCCUAAGAAGGAUUAGGUAGAAAAGGCAGCAGCAAGUGAAUAAAUGAGAGGGGGGAGUGGACAGGGACUUGUAUGCCUGCCUUCUCCCUUGGAGAAAGUUAUUGGAACUGUUGUAGAAAAUUUGCCCAUAUUGGGUUUCUGCUCAACAAUCUUCUAAAGUUUACAUCUAAUAAAAUACUAAGACUUUACAUGCAUAUGUACAUCCAUGAAUCUUUGUGAAUACCAGCUAUUAAUAUGUAAGCAUACCCAUGUGGUCGUUUUAACACUGGAAUAACUUCACUUCGGACCUGCAGGAUUCUGGAAAUAUGCAGAGUUUCAAAAUAGGUGCCAGAGGAUACAGACUGAAUCAGUGCAAACAGCAUCUGUGAAAGGGCUUGGGAGUCUGACAAUCCCAGCAGUCUUCAUUUCCAGGAAGCUCCUUCUUCCUCGUUUGCAAGCCAGAAAGUAGAUUCCCUUUAUUCCUAGGCUGCUCAUCUACGGCCUAUAUUAGGAGGAGCUAGCAGGUGCUCAAAAUGAGCAAAGGAUGACAGAUGUCUAACGUCAUAGGUUCUGAGAAUUGUAUGGAACAGGAAGAGACCAGGAAUAUUCACAAGCCGUCUGAAUAGAAUCAUUUGAUCACAAAAUUUAUCAAACCAUGCAUAAGCAGAAAAAUUGUAACACUCUCCCACCAGGGAGAAAUCUUACUUCAAAACAUUUUAUUGUUAGUGGCAGUUAAUAUGUGGCAGGAUAUUUUUCAUUAUUGCCCACUAGUCAAAUGAGCUGUAAUCCAGCAGGGCAGCUGGCGGUGGAGAAAAAUCAGCUUUCUCUGUAACAGACUUGAUUCCCCACCACCGCCCAUGUUACCAUGGCUUUCAAACAGGGAUGGUUUACAAGAUGUAAACUUUCCAAGCCUUUGACAAAGUUCAAAACUGUAAGAGAGGGGCCCUUCUUUGUGAAAGGCUAAGGCAUGGGUAGGCAAACUAAGGCCCAGGGGCUGGAUGCGGCCCAAUUGCCUUCUUAAUCCGGCUCACAGACGGUCUGGGAAUCAGUGUGUUUUUACAUGCGUAUAAGGUGUGCUUUUACUUAAAAUGCAUCUCUGGGGUAUUUGUGGGGCGUAGGAAUUCAUUCAUUCCCCCCCCCCCAAAAAAAUAUAGUCCGGCCCCCCACAAGGUCUGAGGGACAGUGGACUGGCCCCCUGCUGAAAAAGUUUGCUGACCCCUGGGCUAAGGCUUUUGAUUUGCAGAAGAAUUUGGAGUGAACUGUUCAGUUACACAAAGCUCAAACGCAUCUCAAGUGAUACAAAUUUGUUGGCUCAUCGUACACAAUGCAUUUGGUCUGGCUGGGGGCUUGCAUGUUUAAUUUGCUCUCACACUCAAGUGCCUCAAGUUUUUUUUGCCUGUGUUAAUGAUAUGCUAGCUGGUCAGCCUUACAGUUGGCUCAGGGAGGGUUUUGAAUGCAGUUUGCUGCAUCAGCAAAACAUUGUACUUUAUACUUGAGGAAAAUCUGCCCCAGUCUACAGUUGAUGGAAUGAAUAUUUAUUGGUGUUUUAAAUUGCAGACCUUGCCUGUGUCAUUACAGUAUUUUUUAAAAAAAUAGCAUAUGCAGACAUCUUGUCACAACUACAAUACAGAGAAUUUAGGGAUAGGUAAACUCUCUCUCCCUGGCACAUAGUGAUGAAAUCGUCAUUGUGAUCAGGGCCAGGAAGCUGAGGCCCUCCUAUAUCCUUCAGGCAGGGCUGGAUUAACCAUUAAGCAUAUGCUUAGGGCGGGGGGGGGGACCACAGAAAUUUUCCAUUCCCAGGUUUUUAACACCAGUGGCCACAAAUUUCUCAGCUGAGCAUUCGUUUUCUCAGUUGAAGUAUAUUUUUAAAAAUCCCAGCAGAAAAACUGUGCAACAAGGCAGGCUAGAUGCCUUAUCUCUACUAAGUCUAGAAGAAGAUAUGUUACCUAAGAUUAGUUUUGAGGAUCUGAUCAAAGACUUUGCAAUUAGAAAAAGGAAGAGAAUUUUUUUCAAACGAAGUGGAAUUAUACAAAAAAUAAACCCAUAUUUUGCAAUAUGCCAGCGGUGGGUGAGACUUCCCUUCCCUUUCCAUAAUGCUUCAUGGUAUUGAUUCAUGAUAUCAAUUCUUCCUGAACUAGACAAGAGAUAGGGGUGAAAGAAGAGAGUGGUACCUGGACUCUUUUAGAUGACUAUACCGCUGCAACAUCCAUUCACACAGGACUCAAUGCCAUAAGUUAGCACGACACAGGUUUUCUUUCUUUUUUCUUACCAAGACUGAUGUUUUGAAUUCCUCAUCAUAAUAUUGAAAUUUUGCAUGCAAAUAUACUCUACUUUGUCUGCCCACUUCCCUUAAGGCUGCCCCUGCAUCACUCCCUACAGGCCCGGUUGUGGACCAUGGACCAAAUUCCAUUGUCAGUCAUGAUCAUUGCAUGACCUUACAGAGCUCUUGGAAGGACAGCUCUCUCAUUGUCAAUUCUUCUGCCUGCGUAUUUGAACAAGAGUUGAAUGUCCUAACUAAAUCAACAUGGCAUUAUCUAUAAUCUGCCAUCAUUGUGUGACAUGUGUAAAGUCACAACUUGCUAUUGACAAAUAGUACUAAAAACUGAAACUAUUUUAUUUGCCUCUUCUCCAGAACAUCUGCAUGGCUCUGCAGUUAGCCUGUGUCUACUGCAGACCUUCACCCAGCCUCUGUGAUCUGGCAUUUUGAUAAAUGGAAUUUAUGGCCUCGUGAUCUGGCAUUUUGAUAAAUGGAAUUUAUGGCCUCGUGAUCUGGCAUUUUUUAUAAGGGAAAAGACAGACACAUAUCAAUGUGUAUUAAGUCAUGGAUUCUUAUCCGUUUGUUUUGUAAGCCCAGUUCAGAAGUUCCAAGUCUACUCACUGGAGAUUGUGAAUGUACUGGCUGACUUAAUCUGCCUAUUUCAAUCCACUUCACACAUUGGCACUCUGCAUAGUAGUUUGUGUGUGUAGAUGCCAACUACCGUAUUGGCCCGAGCCAAUUUAAGCCUUUGAUCUUGCAAGCCCGCAAAAGUUGCCAUACAAUCACUAAAAUCGCAAAUCGCUACUCAGUUGCUACAGUUCCGCAGGCACUCACACCCGUAAAUGGCAAAUGAUCAGUCUCAAGCUCGCGAAUCGUCAAUAAAACUUUUUUUUUUGGUUCCAUUUUAACGUAUGUCUGUUUCAGCAGCAAUAUCGUAAAUGCCCAUUUUUGUAAGGUCGCAAAUUUAAGCUGCAUUUUAACUUUUCACAGUCAGAAUUGGGGCGGGGGGAGUGAGGCUUAUAUUCAGGCCAAUAUGGUACAUUAUUUGAAGAAGAAGAAUUGGAUAUGUUGAUUGCAUGGUUGAGCCCUAUGCCCAUAGGGCACUAUGCCCAUAUGUCCUCCAUAGGCAAAGACCAGUUGGUGCAGUCACAAUCUGUGCCACACCUCUAAAAACAUACACUUUGAGUUCCUGCACAGGACUCUAGAUUACACACAUCCAGUUAUCUUCUUUCUUCACUCAUUCCUUUUUUACCCACUAGUCUGCUAAUUAUCAGUUCAAGCACACACAAUAGAUUACAGUAUGUCAUGGAUACCAUAUAGUAAUCUAUAUUGUACUGUGUUGAUGGAGGUGAAGCCUCUGACACUGAUUGGCUGACCUGAAUGCUCAUAGAAUAAAUCUGUCAGACUAAUUUUGUAUUUGUAGUACAGCAUUUUAUAGUACAGCUGUAAUACAGUGUGAAGAAAAAGUGGUCAGUUUGCUUGGGAUUGAAACCUCUCAUAGGUCCUAAUGAUGGAAGAUGCUUUGUGAACCAGUUUGAGGACUGGAAAAAGUGGAAAAGAGGUGGGGGAGUGAAGGGAUGGGGAGCCCAGUAGGAAAGUGGCAGAUAGAGAAAUGAAGGUUGGAAAGAGAAACCAGAGAAAGGGGGGGGGAGGGAAGGGCCAGAGGAAACGGGGAGGUGAAGCAAGACGGGCCAAUGAGGAGCCUAGGACUUGCGGAUCAGAAGGUUGGCGGUUCGAAUCCCCGCGACGGGGUGAGCUCGGUCUCUGCUCUUGCCAACCUAGCAGUUUGAAAGCACAUCAAAGUGCAAGUAGAUAAAUAGGUACCGCUCCGACAGGAAGGUAAACGGCGUUUCCAUGCGCUGCUCUGGUUCGCCAGAAGUGGCUUAGUCAUGCUGGCCACAUGACCCGAAGCUGUACGCCGGCUUCCUCGGCCAAUAAAGCAAGAUGAGUGCCACAACCCCAGAGUCGGCCAUGACUGGACCUAAUGGUCAGGGGUCCCUUACCUUUAUGCUCAGGCUCAAGCAAGACUAUCUGAUCUAUAUAUGUAGAGAUUGGGAGACUGGUUGAGGGACAGGCUAUCUAGCCAGUGAGACCAGGAAAGCAGUCAGCUGAAAAGCAGGGACCAGCUGGAACAGUUGAUGGUAGAGAGAAGGAGCCAAAAAAAAAGGAGGCAUGAAAGGAAGCUUCACUUGGGACCAAGGACAGGAAGGGACAGGACAGGAAGUCGUGCCAAUGGACAGGAAGUGAACAAAUUAGAGAACUUUGGAAGGCUGUGAGGAAGGAGUAGAUGAGCCAAAGGAUAAUAGGAUUGUUCAGUAUAGUACUCCUGGGAUUUCCCUGCCAGAAGGGCUGCACCUUUAGGAGAUGAAUAGGAGGGGAAUUUUGUCAGUGGGGAUUCUACUAUUGCUCUAGCAUUGUGACCUGGCAAGCCUAAGUGAGCAGUAAGGGCACAUAAGAAAGGGUUUAGGUGUGAGCCUGUGAAUUUCACUGUGAAUAAGUCAAUCAAUUCGUUGGCUGCAGACUUUCGGCAUUAGUUUUCUAUUUUAAUUCAAAACAUUUUUUAAAAAUGGUAAUGAUGGGCAUUUUUCUAUAAUCCAUUUAAUGGGAGCAAGGAUUUAGCAUGGCACACUGUUCCAUAUAGUCAUUCAGCUGGCACCUUAGGAAUUCGCUGUAAGGACUUUGAAGUGCACCCUUAUCUGCAUUUAAUCACACUGUAAGCUUCAGGAACUCAGAAGCUCUUUAAAGAAUUUCACAUCUGUCUGUGGAAGACAAAGAGAACUGAAAAAUAGUGCUUUCUUAGUGUUUAGUUGCAUCAACAGUGUACCUGGAGACUCUGGAGGGAUCUCUAACGAGAGAGAAGCUUUUAAAGAUUAGGGAGGAAGCAUCUCUGAAGACUUGGAAGAUCCACAUGACUUGAGAGUCAGCUCUAGCUGGGCAGUGAGUUCAGUGGCCGUCUGCCCAAACAGCUAUUUAAUUGCCAUGUCACAUGACCAUGACAGAGACUGGGUGGCCAUGUGUCAGGAAUUCUUUAGCUGUGAUUUCUGCAUGGCAGGGAUUGGAAUAGAUGGCCCUUGAGGUCCCUUCCAACUCUAUGAUUCUGUAGUCCUAUUAAUUUAAAACGCAGCAAUAAAAACAGAUUAAAACGAGUUACAGUCCCAAUGAUAGGGUGGGCCCAAAUAGAUAUAGAUAUAGUGUCAAAGUUCAGAGCAAAGAGGUGCAUCUUCAGCUAUGCAUGCACAAACAAAGUUGUAUAGAGUUUAUCAUCAGGACUUUGGGUGUUUCCUUUGAACUAAUAAUAAAGAAGAACCUGGAAAACAGAAGCCCUAGGUUUUCUUAGCGAAAGGAAAUGGUGAAGUGCAUUCCUAGGUCUGUGAAGCCCUUGGCUCGUUCAGUGGAAAGUGUCAUUAUGGGUGUGCAUUCUUUAUACUCGAAAACAAGCAUGCACAAAGCCCUGUGUCUUUAAUGAACAUGGAAGGGGAGGGGAGCCAAUGAGACACUUCAAAGGAGGAAAGUGUUUGUGCUCAGGAUUCAUUUAUACCUUUGGUGAUCAGCAGGAAUGUGUCCUCCUGUUGAAAUACGUGGUGGGUUCCCUGCUCUUUUGCCUGUCUGCUUUCAGAUAUUCUUAACACUCUUUCCCCUUCUCCCUACUACCCUGAAGCUGAGGUAGGGCACCUUACUGAAUGCAAGCCUUGAUGUCUCCUAAUUUUCAGUUGCCUCUAAUUGACUCUUCCAAUCCUCACAGGCUACAAACCCACACUUAAAGGCAUAAAAGCUUGUCUGGUGUUCACCGGCUUCUUCCCCUUAGGUUGCAAAUGUGCCCUUUUCAGUUCCUGCGGCUUUAUUUGUUUCCCGUUUGUUUAAUUUUUCACCCAGGUUUGGCUCUGAUAGCUGUGCUCAGUUGAAAACGUGUCCGUAGCAAAGCAGUCAAUGAGAUUUCUGACCACUGAACCAGUGAAGUAUCGCCUGAGAAUCCGAAUUUCCCCAACCCCCAGUUUCAUACAUCAGUCUUUUGGGCUCAGACCAGUAGGUUAAUGAAAGGGUUUUCUGAAUCUGGCAAUCUGCCUAAUGAGACUGAACAUGUUUGAACUAAAAGUGCACCCUUGGCUUCCAGCAACUCUCUUGCAGACUGCAUUACUGGUUCCUCUGUUUUCUACUAAUUGCUGCAAGGGGAAAAAUAUGGACUACUGUGAACAUGAUACUUUUUAAUCGCAACUACUUCUGCUGCCCUUUCCCCCAUCUGGCUGCACAACUGUAUGAAAAAGAAAAUAGUCAUUUAGCUUUUCAAAAGUCAGUAGGAAACAGGUUUUCUGUAACCUUUAACCAUUCAAAACAGUGAAUGAAUUACUACUGAUUAGUGAGCCCCUAAAAUUUGGCAUGACUUACAAAAAUGUGUGACUUUUAAAAAAAGUUUUGCUCGUUGUUUGUCUUUAUUGGUUAUAUCUGCUUGACUGAGGGUGGUUUAGUUUAACAGCGACAACAAGAACAACUAGCAUCAGAAAUCCCUGUUCAGACAUAACACCAAACCGUGAGAUGCUGCAAAGUUCAGGCUCUCCCACUCUUCCCCAUCGUGUUUGUUCUUGUUUUUCCUAAACUACAGCUACCCUUAUGAGUCGGGGGCUUGUUCUGGCUCAUCUGAACUGGACCUGUAGUUAUGGACACAGUCAGCUUAAUCACAUUGAACUCAACGAGAAUUAAGCAACUUAAUAGUGUGCACAAUUGGAGCCAAACUUGCUAACUUCAUUUUACACUAUAUGUGCUUAUUAUAACUGAGCGUCUAGGCCUGUGUGGAUUUGUAAGUAGUGUAAUCAGUAAAACGGUCAUAUUAUGCCAUUUCUUUGGAAAACUAGGCCAGCUUGUUCCAGAUAUGAUAUUCGUUUCAUCUAAUUUUCAAGGGCAUUCCCCUGUGUUUUCGUAUCUUUGUUUUUGUGUGCUUUUUUUUUUAGUGCAACCUAUGGUCCAGCUCUCAGCAUUCCCCUGUGUUUUCGUAUCUUUGUUUUUGUGUGCUUUUUUUUUAGUGCAACCUAUGGUCCAGCUCUCAGCUCUCACUUCCAUACAUGCUCAAUACAAUAGGGAAACUCAAAACGGAAGCCACGUAGCACGUUCAGCUUCUGAAAAUCGUUUGAAAACAGGAGCAGUUACUUCCAGGUUUUCGGUGUUCAGGAGCCAAAAUGUUCCAAAAUGGAGGCGUUGGGAGCCGAGGUUUGACUGUACAGUAAAUGGAAGCAGCAACUGGAAAAUGAUCACCCCUACAUUCCAUCUAUUUUAAAACGAGAGACCAAAGAUCUAUAAAAUGCCCAGAGUUUUCAAAAGAUGCAAAGCACAUGCAAAUUUCAAAAUGUAGUGUGAGCUUUAUACUGAGGGCACUUUAAAUAAAAGGAUGCUUCUAUGCUUGCAUGCCUUGGUCAGCGGUGGAGGUGAAGCAUGUCAACUGUAUAAUUUUACACUCUUCCCCCAUUUCAAAGAGCCUGGAUCUGAUGGCUUUCAAAUUCUUUUGCAAAAAAGUGUUCACUCUCCCGGGCUGACCCUAUUAAGCCCCAUGUUACCUGAAAGCCAUCUUUCAUUAGCUGGAAAUUAUGCCGCAGCUUUGCAUUCAGGGGUAAAUGCUCAGCGUUGCACAGCCAAAUUUACCAGCAUGACUACUAUUAUUGUUAAUGGGAGCUAUUUAACAAAGUCUGCGCUUGUGGCAUUGAAAACGUGCUUCUUGCUGCUUUCCUGCAUACUGUUCAUAUGAAAAUAGAUUGUGAUUAAGUCUUCAAAGGCCACAUACUGUUGAUGUAAGAGAAGAAAGAGGUGGGCAGGAAUAAUAAAAAAGAGGCUUAAUUACUAAUAAUUGCCUUGAGAUGGCUCAAUUUCUUUUCUUUUCUUUUUGUUUCGUUCCAUUACUUAACAGCCGCAAUAGUCAGGUGGCAGCCUGUGGGCAGCAUCUGGAGGAAGCAGACAGGGGCAGUUUCCAAUCAGAUGGAAUCAGUUCCUAUCGGUUUCUGUGUGGCCAGAAGUCCUUCGGCUGCUGUGCUUACCCUACCCUCCUCUCCACAUCCAGUGGCUCAUUUGCGGGCUCACAAACACUCUUCUUCCAUUAAAUCCAUAUAAGAAUAUAUUACCAUAUCUUACAAUAUUACUAUGUCUUAUCUCUGAAUAACACAGGAUGGUUGCUGUAGCUCUGUGUCUGCUGUUAGACGGCAGAAUGCCUCUGAAUGCCUGUUACUGGGAAGCACUGGUUUUUCUGGCAGGCCUCCCCUGGGUCUCUGGCGUGAUCCAGUAAGCUCUUCUUAUGUUGACGGGUUAAAGAGAAUGCCAAGGCACGCCUGCCCUUUGUGAGGAUAACUUCCAACCAGCUUUAGUGAGGAUUUCUUUUCUGUCCUUUUCAAGUCAGAAGUCUGUACAUACUUACCUGUGAAUAGGAAUGGGGCAGAAAUUUGCUCAGUUCACAUUUUAAUGCAAACCUGCCUAAUUUGCGCAUGUGAACUGAUAUACUCCUCUGACACUAUAAGUGAGAAACUGAGGUUUUGGCAGGAUGAGCUGGCUUGGUUUGAUGGGAGUUGGACAUUGUGGAGGGCCACAGAGAGCCAUCUCAUCCCCAAUAUUAUCUAAUGUCUACAUGAAACUGCUGUGAGUGUUUCUGAGGAUAUUUGGAGAGCAGUGUCACUGGUAUGCUGAUGACAUUCAGCUCUAAGACUGCAGCUGGUACCCUGAUGCAGUUAUGGACUGGAUAAGAGCCGAAAGGCUAAAACUGGAUCCUGACAAGAUGGAGGAAAUGUGGAUGAGCAGUUCUCUCAGGUCUUGGAACUGGGUGAAAUGCCUGUUCUGAACAGGGUUGCUCUCUGCCAGAAUGAACAGGUGUGUAGUUUGGGAGUGCUCCUGAGUCUAUUUCUGUCAGCUUAUUCUUGGCCGUCUCAUCGCAUGGCAGCACAGCCUUUAGGUAGGAUGCAGUAAUUCAAAGCUGUGGCUGCCAAGAGGUGAGAGGACCAUGAGAAUGGGACCCAAAUCACUUGUACUCCAAACUUUAGCAUGUGGACCAGCUCUAAGAAUGCACCCCCUUCCCUCGCGCACAAACAAAUGAUUAUAUUCCAGGGUCCUGGCUUUAUUUAAAAGGGGAAAAAUACAUCUAUAUGCCCUGAUAAACACAGACACUAAUCUUAUGUUGUGAACAUUUUGCAAAUGAGGAUCUUUAAAAUCCAGGAGAUGUGGCCACUGUGUACAUUGUAUUAUCCUUUAAUCUCCAGAUCUCAUCUGUACAGUGUUUACUACAAUGCCAUCUGUAUCAUUCACAGAUACUUAAGUGGCUAUUUGAUUGGAUCAAGAAUCUACUAUAAGUGAACUGAGUUUGUUAGUCAGACUGAAAUCCACCAAACUGGCAAUGCUUCUGUUUUCCAUCUUGACUUGAAAACAGAAAAGGCAGGGAGUUUUCUUUUUAUCUUGUUCAGGAAGUUUUCAAUCACACGUGGGUAUUUAUAAUCCUGUCUUUUACACUUGGGACAUUUAGCUAAGUCAAAAAAUUCAGCCCUGUAUUGGCUCAUGAAGAGACUCACACAGCCAGUUUCCUUAUGCUUGUAAUAUAGGGCAAGGUGGUAACUGAGGAGCAUAUACAGAUGCAUAUAACUAGACUUCUGCCUUUCUAUCUGUUCAGUUCCCCAGCAACUGUUGCUACAACAACAGUUAAUACACCCAUAAGGAUUGGGCAGUUAAUCUUUAUUUAUUUAGCAAUUAUUUAUUUAUUCAUUACAUUUCUAGGCCAUCCAUCCACUAAGUCCUCUGGAUGGUUUACAAACUUAUUAAAAAUACAAAAUACAAUUGGGGUGAGGGGGAAUAAAAGCAGUAUAUAUAACUACAUAAAAAUCAGCACAAAACAACAACAAUGACCUCAAAGCCACCGUAAACACAAGCAGCAUAAAAUCAACAUUAAAAACAGCAAAGGAAAAAUAAAUUAAUGCAAGAAUUUAAAAAACAUAAAAAUAUAGAAGUUAUGGAUUGAAAAGGCCUGGGAAAAUAAAAAUGUCUUCACCUAAAUUAUCUAGAGAUGUAUGCCUCAGUCCUGCAAGGAAGACCUGCCUUCUGCAUAUACAGCUAAUAUGGAUACAGGCGACAACUGUUAUGGGCACGUUCAGUACGUGUGCAAACAUGCAUGUGUAUAUCACCAUAACCCGGAAUUAGUCAGAAAAGGGGGCUUAAUGGGGGCAGGGCCAUAACGGGCUUAUGCAUGCUCCACCGACACGCGUGGGGGUCAGGAAUGUAACCCCUUGUGGCAAAAUGGUUGUUGUCUAUACUCAUUUGAGCCCCAAUGAAGAAGCAGGGUGUGUUCUUGAUGCAUAUGGGGAAAAUUAGUUUUUAUUUAAUCAUAAAUAAAUAUUUUAGCCUACAACAUAUAAAAAAGUUAAAAGCAAAACUUCAAAACGGUUAAGAGCAGAUUAAAAAACAUGGCUAAGUUUACAUACACUAAAGACAACAACAACGACAACAACAACAAAGCAGGGCAUAGAUGAUGAUGAUGAUGAUAAUUUAUAUACCGCCCUAUACUCGGAGGUUUUAGGGCGGCUCACAUAAAGAGAUCACUGUAUAUAAAAUAAAAAUAAAAGCAAUAACCCAAUAAUACCCCCAAAAGAGCCACAUUUUAAAAGGGUAUGGGAUGUUGAUCAAGUCAACCAAAGGCCUGGAUAAAAAGGAAUGUUUUUGCCUGGCGCCUAAAGGUGUCUAAUGAAGGCGUCAGGCGAACUUCCCUGGGGAGAGAAUUCUACCAAUGUCCUGGCAUGGGAGGAACACAGCCAAGGGAAAACUGGUGGUUUAAAACAACAGCAGAAGUGAAGCAGAGACAGUUAAUUGCUGUGGGAUCAAUUUAAUGUAAAACAAGUGUACCUAUUUCAAUCUAAACAUAAGUCUAAGGGCAUCAAAUCAUGUCUACAGUAAAAGUAAACCUUAGCUAUCUGAUUAUUUACUUGUUUAUUAAAAACACUUCUAAACUGUUCUUCAUUGUAAGAGCUCAUAUCUUAUCCACUGACUGAAGUCCAGAAGCUACUGAAAUGCUUGGAAAUCCUAAUGGCUUUCCUAAGACAGCCAAGCAGGCAAGUAUCUUCAGGUCUGUUUUGGAACGCAAAGAUUAAAAGACGCCUGCUUCUUGGGAGAAAAGCAGUGACAAACCUAGACAGCGUCUUAAAAAGUAGAGACAUCACCUUGCCAACAAAGGUCCAUAUAUUAAAAGCUAUGGUUUUCCCAGUAGUGAUGUAUGGAAGUGAAAGCUGGACCAUAAAGAAGGCCGAUCGCCGAAGAAUGGAUGCUUUUGAAUUAUGGUGCUGGAGGAGACUCUUGAGAGUCCCAUGGACUGCAAGAAGAUCAAAUGUAUCCAUUCUUAAGGAAAUCAGCCCUGAUUGCUCACUGGAAGGACAGAUCGUGAAGCUGAGGCUCCAGUACUUUGGCCACCUCAUGAGAAGAGAAGACUCCCUGUAAAAGACCCUAAUGUUGGGAAAGAUUGGGGGCACAAGGAGAAGGGGACAACAGAGGACAAGAUGGUUGGAUAGUGUUCUCGAAGCUACAAACCUGAGUCUGACCAAACUGCGGGAGGCAGUGGAAGACAGGAGUGCCUGGCAUGCUCUGGUCCAUGGGGUCACGAAGAGUCGGACACGACUAAACGACUAAACAACAACAACAUUGUAUUGAGCCCCUUCAUGGCAACUGGUCCCAUCACCUCCUGGCAAAUAGAAGGGGAAGAAAUGGAGGCAGUGAGAGAUUUUACUUUCUUGGGCUCCAUGAUCACUGCAAAUGGUGACAGCAGCCAUGAAAUUAAAAGACGCCUGCUUCUUGGGAGAAAAGCAGUGACAAACCUAGACAGCGUCUUAAAAAGUAGAGACAUCACCUUGCCAACAAAGGUCCAUAUAUUAAAAGCUAUGGUUUUCCCAGUAGUGAUGUAUGGAAGUGAGAGCUGAGAGCUGGACCAUAAAGAAGGCUGAUCGCCGAAGAAUUGAUGCUUUUGAAUUAUGGUCUGGAGGAGACUCUUGAGAGUCCCAUGGACUGCAAGAAGAUCAAAUGUAUCCAUUCUUAAGGAAAUCAGCCCUGAGUGCUCAUUGGAAGGACAGAUCGUGAAGCUGAGGCUCCAAUGCUUUGGCCACCUCAUGAGAAGAGAAGACUCCCUGGAAAAGACCCUGAUGUUGGGAAAGAUGGAGGGCACAAGGAGAAGGGGACGACAGAGGACGAGAUGGUUGGAUAGUGUUCUCGAAGCUACCAGCAUGAGUUUGACCAAACUGUGGGAGGCAGUGGAAGACAGAAGUGCCUGGCGUGCUCUGAUCCAUGGGGUCACGAAGAGUCGGAAACGACUAAACAACAAAAAUUGUAUUGAGGCUUCCGUUUUCAGUUUUUCGGUUGUCGAACGUUUCAGAACAGUCUUCCAGAACAGAUUACAUUCGACAACCAAGGUUUGACUGUAUAUAUAUAAAAAAGAAGGCAAUUUAACCACUCAUUCAACAGUUAGAAUAUCCAUAUAUUUUGCACUCAGGCAGGAGUCGACCAGCCAACCCAAAAUGUCUCAGAUAUGCAGCAUGAUGUGAGAGGGAAAUGUCCUGCACUCUCCAGUUCAUGGAGCUGAGGCUGGAUAUGGAAGUAGAAAACAAGCUGUUGUCCCCAACAGUUCAGAGCUGGAGCAGGAAGCAGAGUCCCGUUCUACCACCGUACCUGGUGUGUGAAGGGGAAACCAGGUUCUGCAGGGCAAAAUGGACUCAAGGCUCCCUCUAAAACUGAAACCUUUGCCUCCUGUUCCAGCCCAAAGCUGGAAUGGGAAGCAGAGGCACAGCAGAUCAAGGUUUAUCUAGCUGGGAGCUGCAGCAGAGAGCUACAAGCUUAUUACACCUCUUCCUUUGUUUUCACUCAGUGCAGUCAGAAGAGCCAAAACAAAUCCUGUGGUUCAGCGAAACAUUGACGCUGGAGAAGAGGUGAUGUUCAUUGUCUCUCCUCUUCAGCUCCAGGUAGCUUUCUGCUCAUGUCAGUCUCUAGAACCUGCUCCCAUCCCCACUUUAGCAGGAAGAGGGCAGCGAGAUAAUCAAAACCUGCCCUUAGGCAGAGGCGAAACCAGGCUUUAUUUCACCCAGGACAAAGACCCAGUUUGGCGCGCGCACGCGUGCACACACACACCAUGUAUGCAGUUGCAUGCAUACACACACAGGCUGGGAGACUCAAUGGUGCCCCUCUGGAGGCUUCAUCUGGGGCAAAAAAACCCAGCUAGCCUCCGCCUGCCCAUAGCUAUGGACUGACUCAGGUAUCUGUAACCUGUGUGGAAGGUAGUGUGAGAACUCACUUUCAGGGUACAGUGGUACCUCGGGUGAUGUACUUAAUUCGUUCCGGAGGUCUGUUCUUAACCUGAAAUUGUUCUUAACCUGAAGCACCACUUUAGCUAAUGGGGCCUCCCGCUGCCGCCGCGUCGCCAGAGCAUGAUUUCUGUUCUCAUCCUGAAGCAAAGUUCUUACCCCGAGGUACUAUUUCUGGGUUAGCGGAGCCUGUAACUUGUAGCAUAUGUAACCUGAAGCGUAUGUAACCUGAGGUACCACUGUACUAAUAUGAAGGCACAGAACAGCACAAUGUCCUAAUGAAUUAAUACACAGGUAAAGAAAAUUUUGCUCUAGGAACCAUUUGUAGGAGAAUAAUUCUCUUUGCAGCGUCUCCCAGAUUGUUUCAGGGACAGCCAAAUAAGAAGCAAUACAAUGUGAGUUUGAAUCAGGACUGGCUUCUGGCAAGAAGAAACGUGGUAUCCCAGAACUCUAAAGGAGUAAAGGAAGAGCUAGAAAACAACAAGGGAUAAUGUGGCAGUGGGAACUGAUGAGCCCCUGGGCUAGGGGUAUAAAACAUGGGUAGCAACAGCAGCAGUGCUGGAAUUAGACUUAUUGUUGAGGUAGGUUGACAUGAAAUAUGGCGGUUCUUGGGGAAACCAGAUCCCAAGCUAUGAAAGAAGUGUAAUGUGUAAUUGACAUAAGGACGUCAAACUGGGCUUGGAAGGGAACUUAGGCAAAUCUGGCCAAACUAGUGAAGUAUGUUUCUAGUAGCAAGCUGUACACUCAAAAUCUUGGAUGUUGUGUUUUGGACUGACUUUGAGCUAUCUUCAAGAACCUCAUCAUAUGCAACAUAUUACAGCAGCUUAAACAGGUUUCCAGAGACCACAACACCAGUUUCCAGAAAAGAUUGCAGCCACCACAAGAGCCUAAGCUGAUAGAAAGCACCCUAUGCCAGCAAGGACACCUUCAGCUCAACUGAAUAUAAAAGAAACCCUCAUUCUGUUUGCUCCAAAGUAGGAACACUGGUAAACUCUGCAUUAAGAUUGCGAGCAUCGCAGACAUAACUACUGUUUCAUGUCUAAAUGCCAACAUCUGUGAGGGGAAAACAUCCUUUAUAUACCCGGUAGAACUUUGAUGCUAGCUUUGGUGUUCAUAUGACAAUAUUAAGGUGAAAUAUGAAAUUCCUCACAUUUUUGGUGCUGACGUUGCACACGUUACUACAUCUACUGCUCGCUGAAUUUGGAAAAUUUUGUCACAAACUGCAGAUGAGGUUGUGGAACUGCUUGUAGCCUGUACUGCAUGCGAGGCUGACAUGAUUGAACGGUCUGUCACCCGCCCGCCCGGCCUGCCUGCCUGCCACACAUGCUCACAGUAAUAUCCUGUACUGCUCAUAGAUGUCAGGAAAAAGAAUUGUUUUCUUCUUGACGUCUAGUUUCUAUGUGCAGUUUUGUUUUGUUUUAUGUGGACGAACUUUCCAGCAGUUGAGGCCCUCACCUGCAGUAUGAUUUGUUGCUGCGCAGGCAUAGAGAUUUAUCUCAUCUUCUGUUUGUGAGAACUAGGCCUUACUGUCACCUGAUAGAUGUCAAGCCCUUUGUGUGAAGAGCUGCCAAAUGAUGUGGUCACCGUAAACACAGGAGGAAAUGGAAAACAAUGGGAUGGUCUGCUAUCAGGAAACAGCUUUUGAGAAAUUUCUGAAAAGUACAAAUUCUGUGGUGAUCCUUUCGGAGCGGCUUAUCCCUAAAUAUGACAAUUUUAGUCUUUUGCCUUUCGUCAGGAUCAUAUACGACAUUGAUUAUCUGUGCAAUAUGUUUACUUAUUGUCAGGAUUAAAAUGAAUUAGAUUGUAAUUCAAGCUGUACUUAUUUUAUUGCUCUGUAUGCAUUAAUUAUUGCAGCAGUAAAUACUAUUUCAGGUUAAUAUUAGCUAAUGCCUGUUAAUUUGAGUGACUCCAGUGUCUUCAACAGCAACAGGACUUUACAUGCGAGAUUAUGAACAAUAUCCUGAAACUCUAGCACACCUGCUAGGCAAUGAGUCCCGCUGACUAUAGAAUCAUAGAAUUGCAGAAUUGGAAGAGACCCUGAGGGAAUGCAGGAAUAACCCAGUAUAUUAGGAUUUACUUCUGGAUAGACGUGGAUAUGAUAGCACUUAAAAUUCUCUUGCAUUCUUAGCGGUGAGAGUAGAAGCCAGGCUUUACUAAAAGGGUUUUUCUAACAUUCUCAGUCCCGUGGCGAAUGUGAUUUAAAUAUUUUGCUGUAGCUCCAUGUACAGGAACCUGUGUCUCUCCAUUCCACGACCAGAUACUCUGCUGAUCUGGAACUUGGCCAGUUGUGGGGAUUCCUUGUUAUCAAUCAUUUACUGAACAUUUAUAAUAAUGGUGCAGUAAUACAUUUCCUGCAGUUCCUGUUAUGUCAUUGAGCCUCAGUGGCAUUUUCUCCCAAGGAAGCAAGCAAAUUUGGGAUUGGUAAACCAGUCGUUGAGAUUAUACUUCCUUUCUGUUGAACUCCCCCUCCUUGCCACCAGCAAUCGUCUUAACUUCUCUGUAGGGCUGACUAUAGCAGUUUUACAGCAACAUUGGCGAGCUCAAGAGACAACUUAUUGGUAGACCCAAUUGGGCUUUUUGGUUUGGGAUAUUGUCCACAAUCAAGGAGACAGUAAUUAAGAAUUUUAUUGGAAAUCUUCCUCCUCUUCUCCCAAGCAUAAUUCCAGGCUGUUGGCUAGGAGAUAGCUGUGAAUUAUAUUCAUUGGGUGGUGGGGGGAACAAAUUUUCAUUUUUAAAACUGCUUAAACGUUUUUGCUUUGGCAGAGCUGUUUUGGAAAAAGUAUCUAAUUGCUUAUGCUGGUCAUUUUAUCUCUCCCAAAAGCAUUUGGGAAAUUAUUGCAUUAAUAACUUUUUCCCCUUGCAUGAAAUGUUUGCAGGUUUGCUGACAGUUCCUUUCUCACUGUUGUUGUUGUUGUUGUUAUCUCUUUGGUUCGUAAGCCCAACAUAGGAAGAUUAGGUAUUCCUCAUGGACCUUCAGGGGAGAAGGUGGCAGUCGUAACAGUGGAUGAUUGCGAUACUACAGUCGCUGUUCGUUUCGGAAGUUUUAUUGGAAACUACUCGUGUGCUGCUCAGGGAACGCAGACAGGCUCCAAAAAGUAAGACGCUUUAAAAAAAUGUUACUGUUCACAAAUGAUAUAAACCACUUAUCUUGAAAGACCUUCUCCUUAUCUCUUAGGUGUGCUUAAGAUGGGUCACUGUCAUAUGCGAGUGCACUUUCAAAUGUGACUGUGUUAAGAAAGAGUUUUUCCUGUUUAGGGAAGCUUUUAAUGUUUAAUAGGUUAUUGUAUUUUAGUGUUUUGUUGGAAGCCGCCCAGAGUGGCUGGGGAAACGCAGCCAGAUGGGCGGGGUAUAAAUAAUAAACAAUAAUAAAUUAUUAUUAUUAUUAUUAUUAUUAUUAUUAUUAUUAUCAUCAUUUGUCUUGAACUCACUAGAUGAUUUCUUCUAAGUAAAUUUGAGAUUGGAGAGAAUAAUUAUUUUAGAUGCAGUCUCUCCUAUUGGCUAGACAACUGUUGUUAUCAUGGUUUAUUACAUACCUAAAAAGCACUGCAGGGUAUAAAAUAAUAGAAUCUAAAAGAAAAUACACAGGUGGGGGGACAGAACGUAGCCCUGCAGGUUUACAGUCUAAAAUUUCAAUCCUUAUCAUGAGCAGCCUUGCAAGCCAAAUUCAAUAUUGUGUGAUUGACAGGUGGGUGGCCCCCGCCCACCACUCAAAAGCCAUUGUGGGGGUACCAUUUCUGAUACCUGAUUUCUAAACGUCUUUGGAUUUCUGAUUUCUUAAGGUCUUUGGAUCUAACUGGCCCUUUGCUCCUUGGAGGAGUUCCAAACUUGCCUGAAGAUUUUCCUGUGCACAACAGACAGUUUGUUGGAUGUAUGAGGAACCUCUCCAUUGACAGCAAGCCAAUUGACAUGGCCAGUUUUAUAGCCAACAAUGGCACUCUUGCAGGUAUAAACUCGAUAUUGCAGGGACGAAAACAGAACAAAUGUGGUUUUGUUUCAUUGAGAAGUAAUAUCCCAGUAGGUGGGUGGGUAAGGGAGCAUCAAGCAGCUAACCCACCCUCACUGCCCAGCCUUGGCAUCAGGCCCCUCCCCUCCCCUAUGCGCUGCCCCCUCCCUCUGCUUGCUGGUGAGUACCGGCACUUGUUGGAUGAUAACUUCUUUCAUUCCUGACCAUUGACUAUGCUGACUGGGACUGACGGGAACUGGAGUCCAACAAUGUCUGAAGGGUCACAUGUAUCCCACUUACCCUGCAGAGUAAGUGACAAGAACUGGAUUUCAACGACUUUUGUUGCAAUACAGUUUCAGUAAUCUGAGAAGGAAGAGUCUGUAUCCUGGGUAGACCCCCUGCACUGAAAAGAAGGGGAGGUCAUGUCAUGCCGCGAAUUAUUUAAUGCACUCGCUGAUGGUGAUAUUGCAUCUUUGAGUUCCUUAACUUCCAAGAGUCACAAUCCAGACAAACUUUUGGGUGCCCGCAAGGGCUUGUGUGCAAGCUGCGGAGCUUCCAGCGGCAGUUUGCUUUCUGCGCAAAUAAACUGCUUUUUAAAAACUCCCCAGAAGUUUCAAAAUUGUCCAGCAGUGCUGCAGUUAGAGGUAAGGAAGCUGCACAGUAUCUGCAUAGCUCAUAGCAGCAGCCCCACCCCCUCCCCUGGAUUACUGUGUAUAGUUGCAGCCAUUCAGAAAGCUAACAAUGAGAUUAAUCGUAGCUUGUUAUUAGCAUGGGGGUCGGUAGAAUGCUAAACAAGUGGAGGGCUAAACCGAUUCUUUUGGAAUGCCAGGCUGUUUAGCUCAGAAGAAUUACUGCACCACCAACUGGUGUCAGAAUGGAGGCACCUGUGUGAACAAAUGGAAUACCUACGCCUGUGAGUGUCCCCUGCAGUAUGGAGGGAAGAACUGUGAGCAAGGUGAGCAAUUCGUCCGUUUUCCCUUUAACAUGUAAAACAUCCAUAAUAUAUGAACAAAUAUGAAUUGCUCCAGGGCAGCUUCUGGGCCCUCAGCCUUGUAUUUUGGCCCAUUAGGUGCUUUCGUAGAAUCAUAGCAUCCAUGACAGGUGGACAGCCAACCUCUGCUUAAAAACCUCCGAGAUAGGAGAGUCCACAAAUGCAUAAAAGAGGGUGGGUAGUGUGUGUGGUUCUGUUAUAUUGUCCUAGUAUAAGCAAAUCUGUGUACAACCACACCUUUUUUUCAAACUUAGGAAAAAGGAUCUAGAGCUUUGUUGCAAUAAUCUUUUCUUUUAAAAAAAAGAACAUUAAACCACAGGUUUCCUCCUGUAAAACUAAUGAACUCAAAAAUACAUUUUGAUGGCGUGUUAAUAUCUAAUCACGAUUUGAGUCAGAACCUAUUUGAUUCAUGUUAAGUAGCAGGUUAUUAGUCCCCUUUUGCGUUACGUUCCCAUAAAAUGCACUUGGAGCAGAGACAUAGCUCUGUAUUCCUGUGUAAACCGACUUUCCUGCCAAAAAAAAAAAAAAAUCUCCUUAGAAAAACAUUAGAUUCAUUUUAUUGCCGGGAAGCCCCCAGAUCAAUUACUUAUUUCCCGUAACGUAUCUGUGGGGAGAAAUAUGCAUAAGGGGAAAUAAGUAAUGUCAAUAAAAGGGAACUCUUAGCAAUUUAUGACCAAGGUGAAGCAAACAUUGGAAGUGUGCGGGGGGACGGACGAUGGCUGCUGAAUAUCAAAUACUUUGGAGAACCACGUGUAUUUAUAAGAGGGCUGUCAAAUAUAUAGGCCCUGGGAUGUUCAUGACACACCAACCAUGUGUUUUAGUCUACCAGGUCUUUUAUAAAAAAAACCACACACCUUUUUGAGGCUCACCUGGGGCCAUGAAAAUGAAGUUUAUUAACCAUCUGGUAGGCCUUGAUACAUAAGAUGGCAUGUCUACUAUAGCCUAGAGAGUAGAGCUUGACAGACCCAUAUUGCUGUUGAAAAUCUGAACCAUAAAAUUCAAGCUGGGUUUAGUUACCUUGUGUUUAUAAAGCUGAUAUUAGAAAUGAUGCUUUUUUUUUUACACAUAUAGCUGAGCUCAGCAUGCCUGGUAUGCAGUGAACGAAUCUAUUCUGCGACAAGCUUGCUGUAGGGUUUGUUGCUUCAGACUGGCGAAAGCUUUUAAACAUUUAUGUGGAUUUAAGGACAAUAUACAGAUCAGCUGCUCAGAAAGGGUUGCAAUCUAUAUACUGCCAUACAAGCGCCUGCUGUAUCUGCUCUUUCUUAGUUGAUAUUGAUUUCCACUGGUAGUUGAUGCAUUGUGUUUCUCCAAACUGAGGGAAGUGUUGGUUAUCAUGGCACAUACAUUUAAAGCCCCAUGAUAGAUCACUGGUUUCUUGGAAGCCAUAAUUCAACAUGUGAAGACCAUUAGUUCGCCAUCUUUAAAGUGUAGACACUGAUUCAUUGCCAGAGCUGAACCACUUGAGUACUGCAACUUGCCCUUAAUUUACUCAACAAAGCCCACUUUGUGUGCUUCCAGGCAAAUAUCCACUAGCAUGUCUAUCCACAUCCCACUUUCUAUGGAAGAGUUGUCCUGAGCACAGUCUCAGCCAGCCACACUUAGGAGUGUCAUGCUUUGAUUUAUGCCAGUGCAACUGAGAAUGUCAUGAAAAAUAAUUAUGUGGUGGGUGGGUAUGUCCCCCACUCCAAUUCAAAACUUUCAAUGAAAAUUCUGCCUUUUGUUUUGUUUUCUUUUUAUCCAAUGUUGCAGUAAUGCCUUUCCCUCAACGCUUCACCGGAGAAAGCAUCAUCAUCUGGAGUGAUCUUGAUAUCACUAUUUCUGUGCCAUGGUACAUUGGUCUCAUGUUUAGAACGCGCAAGGUUAAUGGCAUGUUGAUGCAAGCAAAUGCAGGGGUCUCGUCCAAGAUCAACAUUCAGGUAGAUUGGUUCAACACAGCACCAAACUUAAAUAUGUAUACUUAGUCAUAAAGCACAGUCCAAUACAUGUUUGCUCAGAAGCAGCUCCAACAGCGUCUAGUGAGGCUUAUUCCCUAAUAUGUUUACUCCAGAUGUUUAUGUUCAUAAGUCUAGAACAAACAGGUAGGAGAAAUUAAAUGCUACAGCACUGAUCAAUCCAUUUGCCAUAAACAGACGUUUCUGAUAGAAAAUAAUAGAUUGCAUUCAAAUGGAAGGCAGACUAUUGAAACAAAUAUUUCUCAAUAUAUAUUUAAAAACAAAUAAUAGGAUAGUCUGGAAUGCGCAACCUUUGGUUUGCUGCAGACUUUACAUCCCAGGUGAACAUGCAAACUAUGCAGACUGCAGGUAUCGUUACUAGUACAUGACAAGGGAUUGAAUUAGAACCCGUUUUUCCAGCAAUGAACCGAAGUUAAUGUUUUCAACAGAUACUGAACAAAUAUGUGGUAUUUGAAGUCUACGAUGGACUGAACCAGGUGGCUAGUUUGCGGAUGACUCAGUCCCGAAUCAGUGAUGGCGAGUGGCAUCAUGUGCUAAUAGAACUGAAGAGUGCAAAAGACGGCAAAGACAUCAAGUACCUGGCUGUUGUAUCCUUGGAUUAUGGGAUGUAUCAGGUGAGGUGGCAUCAGUAACCUUUCAGCAUAAACAUGAGACCAGAAUGAGCAACUGUUAGUAAUACAAUAUGGCGGCAUAACUGUGAACUAUACCAAGGCCAAGUUGUUCUACCUUAGGUUCAAGAACCUGUCUUUCCAUCAUUGCCCCCUUCCUUGCCCCACUUCUCAUUCCCCAUAUCUUUCUCCUCACACCCAACCUCACAAAGCCUAUGAUAGCAAUGUCUCACACCAAAUGUAACUCACCUGCAAAUAGGACUGCAUGAACUGAAAACUGAGAUGUUAUAUGUACAGUCGUACCUUGGAUCCCGAACGCCUUGCGAGUCGAACAGUUUGGCUCCCAAAUACUGCAAACCCGGAAGUGAGUGUUCCAGUUUGUGAACAUUCUUUGGAACCAAACAUCCGACGUAGCUUACGCUUCUUCCGAUUGGCUGCAGGAGCUUCCUGUAGCCAAUUGGAAGCCGCACCUUGCUUUCUGAACGUUUUGGAAGUUGAAUGGACUUCCGGAAUGGAUUCUGUUCGACUUCUGAGGUACCACUGUACCUUUGUUAUCCAUGAAAAUCUUUCAAUAAAAAUAAUUUUCAAAAGAACCCAUUUUCCGCCAAUCGUGCAUGAAGGAUAACAUGGUCUCUCUAGUUAUAAUAAGCGAGAUUUUGCAACUUUUCCAAAACCCACAUAUCACACAUCGGAGCCCAUAAGAAAUUUUUAGCGCCAAAUGAUUUUUAUCCCUUCCUGGCUGCAGAACACACACACACACAGAGAGAGAGAGAGAGAGAGAGAAAGACUCUGACUGAACUGGCUGUCCUGUAGUUGAAUUGACGGAGAAAAAGGCAUUUUACCUCUUGGAAAUGCUUCCUUGUUGAAGCAGAACACAAACAGCUUCCAUUACCUCUUUAAGUUUAUUGUUGAUUACGUCCCCUAUAUCAGUGAAAUAUUGUAACCGAGAAUGUAUAAAGAAGUGGCAAUCUCCUUUGCUGUGUUCUUCAUUUCAGAGCACUGUACAGAUUGGAAAUCAGCUGCCUGGACUUAAAAUGAAAAGCAUUAUUGUAGGAGGCGUCUCUGGAGAUCAAGUCUCUGUUCAGCAAGGCUUCUAUGGUUGUCUCCAGGUGAGAGCUGAAAUAAGUAACGAGGGGAUGUUUACCCAUGAGAAGCAUUCUCAUCUCCUCUGGGAAUGGGCCAGUUUGGGGUAGAGGGCAGAAAGGGGUGGUAUUCAUUUGUUUAUCUGCAUCUCUUUUAAACACUGAUCACUUAGUUGACUUAAUUAUGAGGACAAUGGGCAUAAGUCCCAUUUAAAUUAAUGAGACUUUAAGCACAUAACUGUGUCCGCAGAUCCGUUUGAUUUUAAUUAAGCAUAUUGUGUCAGGGUGGCAUCCAGUGGUUUGUUGGUUAUGAUUGCUUUUAACACCAGCUUUUAAGAAGUAUGGUUUCCGGUUCAUUAGCUCUCCAUGACUGAUCUGGAAUUAUUUUUUUUAGGGGGGGAGGCAUACUGUUCUGCCGUUUUUAACACUGCAUGUUAAAGCUGGGGCACUAGUUGGAUGUUACCAUUGUUUAUGUUCCUUCACUCCUUUUUCAGGGAGUGAGAAUGGGGGAAACGUCCACAAAUGUAGCGACUUUGAACAUGAAGCAGGCAAUCAAGAUUAAUGUCAAGGAAGGCUGUGAAGUGGACAAUCCCUGUGAUUCUAACCCUUGUCCCCAGCACAGCUAUUGUAGCGAUGACUGGGACAGCUAUUCAUGUGUCUGUGAUCCAGGUAAUAAUGGCUUGAAGCACACUAUUCAUAGUAAUGAGAGCCUGGGGGGAUUAUAGAAUUCUGUGGUUAUGAAAGUUCUUAAAGAACUUGGCAACAGUUGCAGAAAUUCAUGCUCAUAAUCCCAUAAAAAUCAAGAGUAGCAAGCACCCAUCAUAGUUGUGGAUGGUACCCUGUUGCUCUCCAUUAUAUUCGUGAACUCACUUUGAAUGCCUUCUCUUGGAGGAGAAUAGCAUCCCACCCGAAAUGCAAAUUCUUCUGCAACGUCAUUUUUUAAAAAGCUGCAUUUUAAAGGACCUAUUAAAUGUCCAUUUGUUUUAGUUUGCAGAAUUUUGAAAGGUUUCUCCUUGCUGCAGAACGGGAUUUUCUCGAGAAAAAUGAAAGAUUGACACGAGCUUGAAAAUAAUCAGAGAGUUAAAUAUGUGAUGGAAAAGCAAAACAGAAUUUGAUUUGUUUCAAUUGGUUUCAAUUUUCAAAAUGUUUUAAUAUCCUCCCUGUCUUUAUGCAAGCCAGUUUCUUUCAAAAUGGGUUUGACUUUGAAGUUCAAACUACAUAACUGAAUCUGAGCCAAGGUGUGCUUACUUCAGAAAUAAGGCUGCAUUCCACACCAUUUUUGCACUGGGCUAGGUGGGACAUUAGACUAGGCAGAUGUGUUCCUCUGCCCUCAACCUGCAGAAUGAUGUUGAGUUAAUGCACGUUUACUUCAGAGGUAAGACUGCAACCUAAACUGUCUUGCACUGGGGUGUGUGUGUGCUGAACUGGGCAAAAGGGUUCCUCUGCCCAACCCUAUAUUUUUAAUUAAUGCCUUAAGCAAAAAAAGGGGAAAAAAUGUGUGUGUAGGCGGAAAUUGCUCCUAAAUAUGAUCCCAACUUUUUAGAAAAGUAUAACUUUACUGUGCUGUUAACAGUAAUCUCUCUAGACAGUGUAUUGCAGGAGGAGAUAAAUUUCCUGAUAACCAAAGAGGUGCUAUUAGCGUAUAAGAAUAAAAUAGAUUGCUUUCCUGAGAUGCACAGGUCAUAAAUUACAAAGCAGUUGCUAUAUGUCUAUAACCUUGUCUCCUCAGGGUACUUUGGGACAGAAUGUGUUGACGUGUGCAGUCUGAACCCAUGUGAGCAUGUCUCUACCUGUGUCCAUAAGCCAAGCUCUUCUCAUGGAUACACCUGUGAAUGUGGGCAAAGCUAUUAUGGGCAAUAUUGUGAAAGCAAGUAAGCAAAUGACACUGGCCAAUUCUUAGCCUUCCUUUCCUACUCCAUCCCCCUCCCCCAAAUCCCUUGUAUUUGUAUAAAGAAAUGAGGAGGAGCUACCUUAUUCAAAACAGAAUUUUCCUUUAUUCUUUUUAUCAUGUAGAAAAUGUGCAAAAGGUGCAUAUUUGUAACAAAUUCCACAUCAAGUGCUAUAUAACGAGUGCCACCAUAAUUUUUAUUCAAUAAUAAUUUUUUUCACCCACCUUCCCUCCCAUUUUCUGUAACUUGACAAACUAUGCCUCAAUGGUUUCAGAAGAAGAGAUCUUUUAGUUUUUUGUAGCUCCAAAGCUGAACAUUAAAUAUAUUUUCCACCUUCUUUGUAGAAUUGAUUUGCCUUGUCCUAGAGGUUGGUGGGGAAAUCCCAUUUGCGGGCCAUGUAACUGUGAGAUCAGUAAGGGAUUUGAUCCUGACUGCAAUAAGACUAAUGGAAUAUGUCGGUGUAAGGUAAGCAAAAGAUUGCUCACUUCAUUGGAACUAACGUUCAAGCUAAAGCGUAACAAAUAACUGCAAUUCAAAAUGAAGCAGUUGUGUUGAUGUUAUCUAUCAUUUCUGCAAGCCUUCUAUAUUGCUUUCCAUGAACCUGACUUCAAUAGCUACAUUUCAAGAAGGAGAAGGAGAAAAACAUUUGGCCAACCUGAGAAUUGGCCAAAUGAACUUGUAUAGGGUUAUAUUUUUGUUUGGGCUGGCUGUGACAAGCUGCAGACACCUACUUUCAGUCGGCAAUAAACUGAGCACCUUCUGCACAUUAUUAAUUAAGAGUAUGCAGAAUCAGCUUCGAAGAAUUUCUCCAGUUGGGUCUCUCACAAGCUCUUUUGCAUAUACAUGCAUACACAUGCUUGAACUAGUCACAACUUCUUGCCACCUGUAUAUAAUUUGUGGAAGUAAAAACAUGUAGUUACUUCAGAAAUGUUGUUCACUUUGAACACGUUUCUGCCUCCAAUACACACAUAGAAAGGGAAUAUUUCAUUUAAAAGGAAUGAAACAUGCAGAGUACUUGAUAGCCCUUGUUUUGUUCAAAGCUGUUAAGUAGUCAUUCACACUCGAGGGCAAACUGUGGUUCAGAAGUGCAUCUCUGUAUUUUGAAACCAACCUUCUCAGGUCCAGAUUGUUUGGCAAGUUUUCUCCGCUCAACUUUAAGCAUCCUUUUACCGAGGAUGAAUGUUCCUUUACCUGAGAUAAUCUUUAAAUCGCAUUGAAGUGUGAAUUCUACCCAUUGCUCAUAUCCUUGAUUUGCAAGCACCUCUCAAGCCUCUCUCUUUUUCCAGGCAAACCAUUACAGACCACAGAGCAGCGACCGCUGUUACCCGUGUGACUGUUUCCCUUCUGGUUCCCACACUCGCACCUGUGACCUAGAAACAGGGCAGUGUCCCUGUAAGCCAGGAGUGAUUGGGCGACAGUGCAAUCGUUGUGAUAAUCCCUUUGCUGAAGUUACUGUUCAUGGCUGUGAAGGUACCUAUACAUACUUCAACACCAGACCAUUUUAGAUUUAAUUUUAAUCCCGACUCUUAAAAUCCCUUUUCAUCUUCGCAUCUUUUUGUUGUUUUGAUUUGUUUCACAUGCAUUUUCAUUCUUGCUAUGUUUUCCUCUUAUGUAAAGCACCCUAUAAUUAUUUUUUUAAUUGAAGGGCAAUAGAAAGAUUUCUGUAAUAAAUAAAAUAAAUUGUUAAACGGAAUUUCAGAGAAAAGAGAAUCCUGGCAGUGGGCAAAUUUAAUGUAAACAGAAUAUUCCAAAUACUUGUGACUGCCUUUCCAACGGAGGCUUUUUCUGCAGAACAAAUUGCCCGCUGCUUUGUUCAGAUCUCCUUCUGCAUCUCUUGUAGAAACUUCUUAGAUGAGCUUGCUAGUUUAAGCAUGUACAAACCUUACAGCAUCUUAUGAGAAGCUGCUUUAUCCUUUGCUUCUACUGAAAGUGACGAUUGACAUGUUUUAUGAAUACCCUCUCCUCCUUUCAAAGUCCAGAAUAGAACUAAGAAUGUCUAAAUGUUUGUCCUCAGCAAAGCAGAAUCCCUUCUGUUAUAACUUAAGUGCUAUUAUAUUAUCAGAAAAAGAAAGGUUUUCUUUCCCUUCCACCUUACAUAGUGGUUUACAAUGGAUGCCCCAAAGCAUUUGAAGCUGGCAUAUGGUGGCCACAGACCAAAUUUGGGCUGCCUGCUGCAGUGCCCUGUCCCAAGGGAUCAACAGGUAAGUACUGCCGCUAACAUGUUGAAAGUGUUAUCAUAGCAUCAGGGGGUGGGCGAGUUAGAUUCUAAAACUUUGUUGUACACACAGAGAGUAAUGUAUUAUUAGAGCCUGAAGACAAGAAACUGCAUAGCAUAGACAGAAAGUUUAAUCAACAUAAAACUAUUAAGAAUACCUUUUUUUAAAAAAAAUAACACAAUGGGAGGUAGAACGUUAAAAAUCAUGAAAUGGUUGUAAUACGGCAGGCAUGUCCAACAGGUAGAUCGUGAUCCACUGGUAGAUCACUGGACGUCUGCAGUAGAUCACUGGCAGAUCAUUGGCUUCCCCCAAAGAAGCUGAACAACUGUGGCUCCCCUAAAAAAAGCUCAACAUUUUACCUCCUCCCUGAAAAAGCUCAACAACUUUGACCCGAACCCCAAAAAAGGGGGUAGAUCACUGCCAGUUUUUAACUCUGUGAGUAGAUUGCAGUCUCUUGGGAGUUGGCCACCCCUGCAAUAUGGGAAAAGAAAAAACAUUUUUACUGAAAAUAUAGCUGAUACAUUCUCUUUCAUUCUGCAAUAUCACCACAUGUUUUCCAUUGUGAUGUGUAUGUAAUUUAAAUGGUAAAUAAUGGACAGACAAACCCCUGGUCACUGAUAGAGAAUUAUGCCUUAGAACACCUGUAAUAUUUCUAACAGUUCCUGAUACCCAAGUUUUUAUUCUAGACACAGCAGUCCUAACCCUUGAUCUGUGCUGCUGGUAGGAGUUGGAUUCAGUGGAAGUGUCGCUCCACCAGGUUCUGUUGGUGGAGUUUCCACCAGCAGAGGCCAGUCCUCUGCUGGAUGUUUGGACACAGGGCAGGUCUGACUGUGGAUCUGCUAGAUCUGCCCCUCUGUGUCCCUGCCCAUUCUGCCUUCUAAGUUACAAUAAAUACUCUUCUUUAAGAUAACCCAAAGCGAAACAUUUGUAGUUUUCUUAUCAAUUAAAUGUGGCAUAUGGCCGUCAACCAUUGUCUUUGUCACAAACACAUUUUCUUUUUAAGGAAAUGCUGUUCGUCACUGUAACAGCGAGAAAGGCUGGCUCCCUCCCGAACUUUUCAACUGUACUACCCUUGCCUUUGUGGAUCUGAAAAUCAUGGUAAGUACAGGGUGCUUUGGAAGAACCGAAUGUCUGCUGACUUGUGCAUUGUGUUGUAGUCAUAGUUGCCCUUUAAUAUCGCUGGAAAUCGUUGCCGAGUAACUGCUAUGCCCACAGGGUGAGAACUGCACAUUCCUACAUGGGAUUACAGGUGUGUCACAAAGAGAGAGAAAACCCAAUUCUUUACCUAUGACUGUUACUCGCUUUAGAGUUCUCUGAGCGUUCACGUGUCCUGCCUGCUGCUACUGCUACAGAAACUUUUAGCGCUCUUAUUCAAACUGGAACCAAGCAGGAAGUGCCUUUUCUCUGCCACACAGAAUAUGCUCAGAGCAUUAAUUAUGUAAACCGGGAAGGAACACUAGUAUUUCCUCUGAUGGAGUUUAAGCUUUUGAUUGUUGGGUUGUGUAUGUGCAAAUUCUGUAUCUGAGAUUGGGCAGAGGCCACCAAGAGCUGUUUCACACGGUCUUUCAGUGUUUAGGCAGGCAGGACACAUAGUGGAACACAGGAAUAAGUGUUGGGCUCAUAAGUAUCCUCUUACAUGUAUACAGAUGUGCACCCACAAACACACACAUAUACCUGAUCACGUGACAGUCCAGGCGUCAGUUUCUCACUGCGCUGCAUGUAGAUCUACACACUUGGGGAAUCAGCAUCCCAUUAAACCCUUUGACAUGGAAGAGAGGUGCAGUUUGCUUGCUAAGUUGGAGCCUUUGUUGUUUUGGGUCUUCAGAAUGAAAAGCUUAUCCGUAACGAGACCAACAUGGAUGGCGACAAGUCAGUGCACAUAGCCAAAGUGCUCCAGAAUGCCACCAACCACACGGGCUCCUUCUAUGGGAAUGACAUUCGGACCGCCUACCAGAUGAUGCUCAGGGUGCUGCGAUAUGAAAGCGAGCAGCAGGGGUUUGAUCUAGCUGCAACGAGGGAUGUGGAUUUCAAUGAGGUAAGAAAUGCUGAACCGAUACUGAGAAAACUUGGGCUGCGCCACUUUAGCUCCAGAAAUAGCGCAGAUGUGUUCCAUACCACAGUCCUACCCACGUCCUGCAAGGAAAGAUCACAAAGUUGGCUGCGGAAACUGCACAGCAUAUGGUGAUCCUUUAAGUGUUUCUGAAGAGUGAGACUUUGCGAAGGCUUUGAGUAGGAUGUACUGGAUGCAUGCAUCGUCUAGUCCCCAAAAUAACUGCCUUGCGGAAAAGUCACAGAACAGACAAAUCUCUUGUAAAUGCAUUUCACUUGAAAACAAAUGCAGAUAGCUAUUUCCCUAUUUCAUAGAGCCUGGGUUUUUAUGUUAUUUUUCUAUUGUUACUUUUAUAAAUCUUGAUCAUGUGAAAUACUUAAAAUAAAACAGCCUCAGUACCCCCCCCCCAAAAAAAUCUUUAAGCAAGACUACAGCAGGACGUGUCUGCAUUGUUUCAUUUGCAUGUUUACCUGUAGCAACAAUAUUAGUCAUUUUUGGGGGGACAGGAAGUAUUGUUCUUCCAUUUUGUGUGCAACAUUUCCCCCUUUCUUUCUCCUAGAACAUCAUAAAAGCAGGUAGUGCUCUACUGGACCCUCGUGCCAAAGAGCACUGGGAACACAUCCAGAGGACAGAGGGGGGCGCAGCACACUUGCUGAAACACUACGAGGAAUAUUUCAGUAACGUAGCCAAGAACAUGAAAAAAACCUACAUGAAACCUUUCAUAACUGUUACCACAAACAUGAGUAAGUAGCUGUCGUUCUUGAUCAGAUAUGACUUCCUAGUGCUUCAGGCCUAGGCCUGCCAUGUUUAUUUGAUUCAUUGGCUAGAUUAAUUAAUUUUAAAAAGGCUUUGGGUCUGGGGAGGUCAGGAGAAGCCCCAGAACAAUGUGAGUGGGAGAUUGUUCCGUCAGGCAAACAGAAAUGUUUGCGCUGGCAGAGCAAUCUCCUUGAAGGCAACACUGUAUUGGGAAUUUUUUUAAUGUCUAAUGUCUUCCAUUUUUUUAUGUGCUGUAAGCCGCCCAGAUGGAUGGGGUAUUAUUAUUAUUAUUAUUAUUAUUAUUAUUAUUACUACUACUACUAUUACUGAAUUCCUCCCAUUGAAUUCAGUGGGUUACAUUCAACUAAGUUCUACUCAGAGUAGAACCAGUGAAAUAAAUGUAUAUUAACUAAUGGGUUUACUCUGAGUAGGACUAGCAUAGAAUAAGGCACUGCAGCCUUAGUCAUUUAUCUUAAUGCCAAGGCUUAUAUUAUUAAGAUUGUGUGAAUGAUGUACAAUAAUAGAUCCAGAUUUCUUCUCAACAUCCAUGUAGUUUACAAAGCUAAUAAAGCCUCACAUUUACUAAAACACCACUGGAUGUUUGACUUGUAUGUGGCAGAAAUAUGUAUUACGGCAAGCUCUUUUUAUCUGUUUAGUUAUUGCUGUUGACAUCUUUGAAAAGUCUAAUUUUACGGGAGCUAAAGUACCACGGUUUGAUGCGAUUAAAGAAGAUUAUCCUAGAGAUUUGGAAUCGUCUGUUUUGUUUCCUGAUACUUUGUUCAGAGCUUCCGAUAGAAAAGGUAGGAUGCUUAUUCUACAGGCGUUUGGAAACCUGUAAUGUGAAUUCUCAGAUCAGCUAUGAGACAAAGGCAGUUGGAUCCAGGUGUUGUUGUUGUUGUUGAAUUUGUAUACAGCCCUUCAUCCAUAGGUGACAGUUCACAAGGAAAAAAUACAGCCUUUUAAAUGUGUCUGUGGGAAGGAGGGGCGUUGUUUUGCUGUUUGGUUUUACUUACUUUUAUGUUUUUAUCCUGUAUUUUACUUUGUGAACUGCCCUGAGAUCUUACGAUGAAGGGCAGUAUAUAAAUCUAAUAAAUAAGUAACACAAAAAUCAACACACAUAAUAAAAAACAAGAACAAAACAAAACAAAACAACACCUCACAACAAAAAUCCUCCCCAGGGAGAGGCCCAGUGAAGUAAACAGGAUUUAAGCUAGCCAACGGAUCUACUUCAAACAUGACUAGGUCUGGAUACAACCCAAUAUGGGGUUGGAGAAUGGGUAAUGUUCACUCAACAAACAGAAGAAGCAGUUUCCCCCUGCCUGUCCAUUAACUGUCCAUUUGUACCAACUCACGCCAGGUUUGGCUCAGCAUAAGGCCAUUUUCUCGAUAUGAAAAACUGAAGGGGGGGGGGACUCCAGUCAUGUUUUGUUUUUAUGUAAAUUACAAUAUUCAUAAGGCAAAAAUAAAUGGGUCCUUUUAAAAUCACUUCAUAUUUAGCAAGCUCAGAAUUAGGUCUUUAAAGCAUGAUAGUAAAAUUUGGCAUUGGUUUUAUCUUCAGCCAUUCCUACGAUGAAGCCUUCAAACCUUAGAUUGCCUCCUAAAAUAGAAGAUGAGCUUUUGAAGAACAAAAAUGUGCUUGCAAAAAGAAAACGUCGGCAUCCAGAGGACACUGCGCAGCAUGCGGUUGCUAUCGUGAUUGUAUAUCGAACCCUGGGGCAGUUUCUGCCUGAGAGCUAUGAUCCUGACCGAAGGAGCCUGAGGUAAAACUGAGCUUCAUUCAUUUGCUUUGGGUAGCAUUUGUCUAUUGUGUUCUGGAAUGGGAAGGCCUUGCUACCUGAGAGCAAUCAUGUGUUGCGAUUUUAAUACUAGAUGUCUUCAAAACUUACAGGUUGUAGCUAACAAAGUUAAUUCUCAGAGUAGACCCACUGAAAUUAAUAGACUCAAGUUAUUCCUGACCAUUAUUUUAGCAGGUUUACUCUGAGUGGGACCAAUAUUGACCACAAUUCUAUUCAUCUACAAGGCUGCCUCUGUUGUUCUAAAUCAUAAUCUAAUUAAUCUAUGUUAAAAGAGAUAUCAUUUUGGUAAAAAGCUGUUAAAUUUCUUAGGGUAAGUUCACACAUGCUUGUACAUCACCUGAUUUCUAAUGACUCAUUGUCUCGCAGUAGAAUAUGUGCCCUGACUCCAUUUAAAAAUAUUGUGUUUCAGGUUAUGUCAGGUUAUUAUUCUAUCUGCGGUUUCUGAUUUAUGAUGGCUCAGUAACAUGCAUAAGCUAUCACUUGAUUCUUGCAGUCAUCACAUGAUAAGCAUACAUGUGAUAAGCAUACACAGCAGGUGGCACUGUGGUCUAAAGCACUGAGCCUCUUGGGCUUGCCGAUCAGAAGGUCGGCGGUUUGAAUCCCCACUAUGGGGUGAGCUCCCAUUGCUCUGUCCCAGCUCCUGCCAACCUAGCAGUUCAAAAACAUGCCAGUGCAAGUAGAUAAAUAGGUGCCGCUAUGGCAGAUAGGUAAACAGCGUUUCUGUGCACUCUGGUUUCUGUCACGGUGUCCCGUUGCACCAGAAGUGGUUUAGUCCUGCUGGCCACAUGACCUGGAAAGCUGUCUGUGGACAAAUGCCAGAUCCCUCGGCCUGAAAGUGAGAUGAGCGCCACAACCCCAUAGUCGCCUUUGACUGGACUUAACCAUCCAGUGGUCCUUUACCUUUUACCUUUACACAUUUGAACUACCCGUUCAAACUUUUUCCUGACACCACACCCAUCUAAAUUCAGUGGAAAGCUAUCAUCUGAAACUGGGCAAAAUACUAUAGCUUUGUUUUCACAUCUGUAAUGGUAUGUUUUUCCCCUGGUUUUUUUUCUUCCAGAUUACCCAAUCGGCCCAUCAUAAACACCCCAAUAACCAGUGCAAUAAUUUACAGAGAUGGGGAAUCUUUACCAAAUCUUCUGGACAGCCCCAUUAUGAUUGAUCAUGCAUUGCUGGAAACAGAGGAGAGAACAAAACCGGUCUGUGUGUUCUGGAACCACUCAACUGCGUAUGUUUCACAAUCUAUUAUUUUGGAAAGUUGCUAUUGCAUGUGGACAUGUUAAUGUUAAUGGGUCUUCUUCAUACAGCUAGUCUGAGAAAGAAGUCAGUGACAAUCUUGCGUGCUGCCACUUUCUAUCAGGAAGGGUAAAUCUUAGAGCAGUGUUUAGCCCUGGUGCUGAGUGAGAGAGGGAGAGAGGAGGUUUUUCAUGCCCCAUUACAUUUCUGCUCAAAGUCCAGACAGAGCAUUUGGCUAAAAUAAAGGCAGGCUGCUUAAUAGGAGGAAAUGUGUGUGUCGUCUUGUAACAAGUAUCAUGUGAGUCUAAAGGGAGCACACGAAGAGACAGCGCGCACACUGUCCAAGUGAAGAAGAUGCAAGUUGGCCCAAAGGCAGUCCUGCAAGUCUUGAUCGUAACUUGCUGUUGCUCUCAUUAGUUAUCUUCAUUGGUUGUAAUGAAAAAAAUCGAAAAUACAUGCCUGUGGGCAGAAAUGUGGUGGAUUCUGUGAGACCUCUGACCUCUCUAUAUUUCAUCUUCCAAACCCAUAUUACGGGUGGGAUUGUAGUUUAUUCUAAGGAUUUCCUUGCAAGAAAAAAAAAAGGGAGCUUGCAUAAAAUACCUAUGUCUGCGAUAUAUGUUGUGCUCACGCAGCCCAACAUAGGGUUGUUCGGCUGGAGCUCCCAUGUCAGCAAGGGCCUUCCUACGUGUAAUUUUAAUUGCAUGACUUGUAGCCAAACCAGGGGCUUUAAAAAUGUAAGGGGUAUGUGUGUGAUUUCCAUGCUGACCGCAGCUUGCAGGGAACUUCUCUCUCUCUCUCUCUCUCUCUCUCUCUCUCUCUCUCUCUCCAGCCACUGUCCCAAUGGAAAUCCGCUCCCGGCUUGCAAUUUGCAAUCCAAUUGGUGCCAAUGGCAGCUUUUUUCCAUUGCUAAUUGCAGCUGGAAGACAGGUGAAUACCAUUGGGAUCACAGCUGUGGAGGGAACGGGGCGUGGUCCCGUACUUGCUGUAGUGGUGAUGGAAAUCAUGGGGCUCAUACCUAAGACCGUUUUUAAAUAUCCCUUGAUUUGGCUAUAAGCCGAGUAAUAUGUCGUGUGCAGCUAAGGUUUCCUGUCCAUAUAUUUUUACAUCUAACUAAGGGGGAGUCAUAUGUCACCUACAUCUUUGCUAACUGUGACAGGAUCAUAGGAAGCUCCCUUAUACUGGGUCCAUCAAGGUCCAUCAGUAUUGUCUCCAUGGACUGGUAGCAGCUCUGCAGGGUUUCAGACUGGGGACAUUCCCAGUGCUCCUUCCAGAUGCCAGAGACGGAACCUGAGCCUUCUGCCUGCAGUGCCAAUGCUCUGCAGCUCACAUGGGUGUAAAUUUUAGACUCCUGGUGGGCAGUUAGUUUUCUUGGAAGCCCACAUUGAGUGUGAAGUAAAGGAUGGAGAAUCAAGGUGCCAACUCACAUCUUUCUCGGUUGUGUGCUGGCACGUCUGUUACCAGAAACACAAUUCCCAUCACAGCCUUCCGGUUCUCCACUUGAUGGACAAAUUUGGCAGCUAAGCGGCACUCCUUCUGGGGCCAAAUUUAGUUUUGAUUCCAUCAGUUUCUGAUCUUGACUUUAGACAGUCUCUUACCAGCCUGGGAACAAGAGCAGCAGCAACUAUACAUUUGAUAAGAGGGCUAUUAAGUUCAGUAGGAACUUGAUAAUUUCAACAGAAGAAAUUUGAGCACAUGCUUUGCUCUCCAGGUGCAGUCAGUGAGACCUAAAGUGCCCACUUUUUUCUGGAUCAUGCCCUUUAUUCCUGUAUGCUAAGAUUACAGCUAUUACCGCCUCUGCAAAAAAAUAUGCCAUACAUCAAAAUGGCAUAUUGAAAGCAUGGGAAACGCAGGCUCUUUCACUAGCUAUACACUUAUGCAAUCAAUAGAAGAGCAUAAAAAUAUACACAUAUCAAAUAAAGAAAGAGACAUAUAAUAAUGAGUUUUACUACAGUGUGUUAACCAAGAGAAGAUUCAAUACUAUUUGAAGAUCAAAGAGACAGCUAAGCCUAAUAAAGUAGUAAGAAUGGGUUACGUAGUUUAUUUAGGCUACCUGCAUAUAAUUUGGACAUUUGUCAUGUUGAGGCAAGGUUUAAAGAAGCAGCAAUCUUUCUAUUUUAAGCAUCUGCUUCUUGUGCUUCCCUAACCGCCCAGAGUGGCAGGGGCAACCCAGUCACAUGGGCAAGGUAUACAUAAUAAAUCAUUAUUAUUACAGUGGUGCCUCGCAAGACGGAAAUAAUUCGUUCUGCGAGUCUUUUCGUCUUGCGAUGUUUUUCGUCUUGCGAAGCACAGUCCGUCGCAACUGCGCCUCUUCAAGUGGCUUUUUUUAAAAAGCGCAAGACGUUUUCGUCUUGCGAAGCAAGCCCAUAGGAAAAUUCGUCUAGCGAAGCAACGCAAAACCGAAAAACCCUUUCGUCUAGCGAGUUUUUCGUUUUGCGAGGCAUUCGUCUUGCGGGGCACCACUGUAUUUCCUCCUCCUGCUGCUGCUGCUACUACUACUACCUGUUUUUGCCUUAUGGAGCUAUCAUGGUAGAACAUAUGGCUGCCCUUCUUGGGAAGACAUGGAGAGCACCAAAUUUAUGCAGGUUAUUCCUGUCUGUAUUUCCUCACAAAGUUCUGUGCAUGGAAAUUGGCAGAACAGAUGCAUUGCUACUUAAUAGUCGGCGAGUGAAGGAGAGACGGCCAUUUAAGGAAAAUAGCAAUUCGUCAUUGAAAUAGUUUCAUCUGCCAGCCAGUCAUACAAAUGUCAUUGGAUCUUGGUUUUUUUGCUUCAUUUCCCAUUGAUUAGAAUUGGAGAAACCGGGGGCUGGUCCUCAAAGGGAUGUGAGCUGUUCUCUAGAAGCCAGAGCCGAAUUGUUUGCCAGUGCAACCAUAUGACCAGUUUUGCUGUCCUAAUGGAUAUUUCAAAACGUGAAGUAAGUGCAGUUUCGUGGGGAUUUUUUUGGUUUGUUAAAGUUAUGAAAUUUAGCAGGUUUGAGUAGACCUCCAUCAGUGUUUUGUGUUUAUCUUGAAAGGCAAAUCACCAGUGUAUCAGAACGGCGUGCCUUGACACUAAUUCCUGUUACAGUUAGUUUGCUUGUUUUUACUAAUUUAUUUUGCUUGCUACCAUCUUACACUGUAGAUUUCUCUGAAACAAGUUACAUCACCACCGCAUUCCUGUUGAAUGUGUUCAUCUCCAUCACAUUCCCUGAAGGCCCAUACAAGGCGGCAGGAUGGCUAAUUAUAUACAGAACUAGUACCCGGAAUUUCCAUCCCUUAAUAUCAGUUUUUUCACCCUUCCAAUUUCCAAGUUGCUCUGCAGCUUUAAUUCACCCUAAGCUUGAGACGGGAGCUGCUGUGACUCCCAUUUUACAGAUGGGGAGGCUCCGCAGUAAACCUUCUGGGAGCUGACAUUAUUCCUUCCUGAUACAACCAACUGAACAAAAAUGGCCAUUGAAUAGACAGCCAUAAAAACUGGGCAGGAAACCUUGGCUUCCCAAAUAUAAACAGAGUUGUGCCUGGGCACCAUUACCCUGCACUUCAGUCCAUGCUUGCCCAUUUUAAGUCCUUGGAUAUCUUGAUGGAGGGAAGUCACAGGCCCUGCACCUGGCUCAGUAAUCAACUUGUCAGGAUUGAGAGUUGCUUCGGAAGUUACCCAUAUGUUUCCAAAUGCAGAGAAGAAUGACAUUGCCCUGUCACUAACCCGUGAUCAAGGAGAAGACAGUAAGCUGCAGGGUGGUGCGGAUGUAGGCCAUUCCUUACUAAGGAUCCCUGGCAAUAAGCCCUGCUUAUUGCCUUCGUAGCCAAGAUGGUUGCUCAGGUCUCUGCAGGCCAGUUUAUAUACACUCACGUUUAUAUGCACACACUGCUCUGUAGUUUUCUGUAAGUGACUGUGUCCCCUAGAGCCAAUUGUUGGUCGUGUUCUGGCAAGGCAAAAUUGUGUUCUUAUCUCCAAAACUAUGAGGGCUAGAAACAUUGAAAUAAGGAAGCCUGAAAGUCUCAUAAUUCAGGCCACAGAGUCUGCACAAAAUUCUGAUUAUAGGCAAGGUUAGCUGUAGCUGAGUGAAUCUGCACUGUAACUGUAAAUAGUAUAGUAUUCAGUGCAUGGAAUUACCCCUGCCUCUUGAAAGAUUGUAUCUUCAUAAAGGCUCACAAAAGGAUUACUUGAGUUUACUAAUCUAGAGGAUGGUCUUUCCUAUUGGAUAUAAAGUUGAACCUCUGUUCUUGAACGUUUCCAUUGACUAACGUUUCAGAACCCGAAUGCCAAAAUCCCGGAAGUAAAUGCUUCCGUUUUCGAACAUGCCUUGGAAGUCAAACAGCUUCCGCUGCUUGUUUUUCAAUUUUCUCAAUUGAAUUUGCCAACAGCCCUUUGCACCUCGGUUGUUGAACAUUUUGGAAGUCAAACUGUCUUCCGGAACGGAUUAUGUUUGACAACCGAGGUUCCACUGUACUUCAGGAAGCUAUAAAUUUGGAGGGAAAAAAUAGUAAAAACUUGCUUGGUGGUUUGAAACUAAUUUAAUUGUGGUUUUCUUUUUAUUACUAAGAAAAACCAUCAAGUGAGUUGAAGGUACCUGACAUUUUUUUAAGGCAUUUUUAUCACUCUUUGGAGUCACUACAGUUCCUGCUUCCUUACACUAUGUGAUUGGGUGUGUGUGAAAUUAACUCAAGUAACAUUUUUUCUAUAUAGCACUUAGAAAGGGCAUGUAGCAAAAAUGAUUCUUCUUAACUCCACAGAACGGCGAGGCACUUCCCCUGAAGAUUAUCACUUACACAACCGUCUCCAUCUCACUGGUAGCUUUGCUGCUCACCUUUGUCCUCCUUGUGCUGAUCCGAACCCUGCGCUCCAACCUGCACAGCAUCCACAAAAACCUGGUGGCUGCCCUCUUCUUCUCAGAGUUAGUCUUCCUGAUAGGAAUCAACCAGACAGAAAAUCCGGUAAGAGUUAAUUUCAAUGCCUUUCGCAUGCUAGCUUUUAACAGGGCACCAAACGAAACAGAAGCAAUGCUUGAUGCUGAGGCUGCGCUGGCCCCAACCCACAUUCAGUUUAGCACCGUUUGGGACAAGCAGAAGCUUGGCAGAUGGUUUGGCUUUAAGCAGGAACCCUACCCUGUUCCUGUGACAAACGUAGGCAGACACAGAACUGCUAACAGAUUGUUAAGCGGGCGCAAGACUGCAUUGCUCAUGGCUCCAGUCCUCUGCACGCUUACUGGGAAGAAAGUCCUGUUCGGUCAAAGCACCUGUUACCAGGCCCAGUGCCAGAUUUGAUAGGUCUCAUCCCCCCCACCCCAAAGGACCCCCAGUAAGUUUACCAGCGGUUUGGGGUGAGCGUUGGCAGGAAUAAGCAGCAGGGAGAGGCUGUUAUAGCUGCUCCUCUCAGCGCUAGGCCCUUAAAAGGGAGAAUAAAGCUUUGUUUGCGCUUUGGGAAGGUAAUGGGGCUGGCACUAUUUCUUCUUCAUCUUUCAGAGUUGAAAGAAGUACCAGGCACAGUGGCUGCCAUCUUAUUUCCACCUACAGGGGUCAGCAACCUUUUUCAGCUGUGGGCCGGUCCACUGUCCCUCAGACCAUGUGGUGGGCCGGACUAUAUUUUGAAAAAAAUAAUGAACGAAUUCCUAUGCCCCACAAAUAACCCAGAGAUGCAUUUUAAAUAAAAGGACACAUUCUACUCAUGUAAAAAACAUGCUGAUUUCCAGACCGUCCAGAGGCCGCAUUUAGAAGGCGAUUGGGCCACAUCCGGCCCCCGGGCCUUAGGUUGCCUUCCUGACCUAAUAUCUCUGGUGCCUGGCAGACUGUUGCUCUGAAAGCAGGAGGUCUCAGAGGUUGAAGGCUCUACUACUAAUACAGGGAAAUUAGUUUGUGCUUAGGAUUUCAAGCUUCACCGUAGCUGUAAGUGCUGCAUCAUCUUUCCUGCAGGUGGUUCUUUAAAAAUUAUUGUGCCCAUCCUUUAUUUUCAACAAGCCACUUCGAAAGGCCUAUUUGUGUUUUAUAUACCCGUAUUUCUGUUUGAUAGAAUUUCCAGAAACCAAUUUCCUUUAUGUUAGCAUGAGAACAGCAGUCUUCUGCCCCUCUUUUUCCUCAAUUAACAACAAUGUACUACUCCCUGUUUCUGUUCCUUAAACCAUUUGUUAAGGUAUUUUCUUUAGCAAGCUACGUACUGCACAGUAAAGGGCCACUCCUUGAAACUGUAGCAGUGACUGUGUUUCUAGCAACUAUUAAUCCUUCCUUGUGGAAUAAGAAUUGUCCAAGGAGUCACACACGGAUGAGCAUGAAAAGUCAAAGAAUGUGGGAGCACACAUGAAAUGGAAUUCCUCGUCAUUUGGUUUAGCUUUUAUAAGUUUCUGUAAAGCAACAGUAACAUGGCAGGGAGAGGUUUCAAUCAUCCGUGGAUGAUUGAUGGGGGGGGGGGAAUGAUAUAUUUUCUUUGUUGCAUAUCUGAAAUAAUAGUUUUCAUCAUGGUGACCUGUACAAAACUAAUAUUUUUAGAAGCCAACACACACACACACACACACACACACACGUUUAGAGCAGUAAAAACUUUUUUUUUAUUUUGUGGGGCAUAUUUUUAGUUUUGUUUAAAGAACUAGCCAGAGCAACUAAAACCAUAGUUCUCAAAGUGUGAGGCAGGUCUGUAGGGCUGCCAGGGGAGGUUCAGUUCCUCACCGACUCCUUUGUGAAUGCCUUGAUUAGAGGAGGUGGCUCACCCUUCCCCAGUAGUCCAGUGUAAGAGGUGGUGACUGCGUUCAGAUGGAAUGAUAAACUAGGCUUUAUUGUUACAGGGAUGAACCUAGGUGUCUUGAUCUGGUAUAUUACCACCAACUCCUCCAUUAUGGCUUAAUGGGGGAGAUUAGAAGUUUCAGCUUCCUUUUGUUGAUUAAUCAGCUUUGAGUUACAUCCAAACCCUAAACUGUCAUUGAUCUUAACCAAGGGAGGGGAGCGCGUGUCCCUCCAGUUGUUUCUGGACUACAACUCCUAUUACCCCAUAUCAUUGGCUAUUCUUUCUGGGGCUGAUGGGGAGUUGGAAUCUGGAGGCCCACAGGUUCCCCACCUAUGUAGUAAACCACCCUUUCGGCUAGCUGCAGUUUGUCCAGGCUUGAACAAAGCACUAAAUUGCAAUUUCAUCUGAAUUUGGGGGAACCACUUGAAUCAUCCGUUCAUGUUGAGCUAUUUCAAUUGCUUUUGUUUGAUUUGCCCAUUGCAAACAGCUGGAGGUCUGUAAAUUUUGAUAAUAAACCUGAUUUACAAUGGAGGUUGAAUAAUUUCGAUUGCAACUGUACUUGGCUAGGAGGCUGCAUUCAUCUUGGCAAGGCAGAUGUUGUGCAAGUAUUUCUAAAAGAGCACUAGUACAUUAGGAUAAACUUUCUGUAAUUAGGGAAGUUGUGAUUGCUAAAGGCUACCUCUAAGUUUAGAGGCUUGUUUACGUCUAACGGAAGUCCAUCUCUUGUGCCAGAUUAUUUUGUGGCUCAACAGAAGCCAUUCUAAUUUUAUAGCCUCUUUCUUUCUCUAGUUUGUGUGCACGGUGAUAGCCAUUCUUUUGCACUACUUCUACAUGAGCACCUUCGCUUGGAUGUUCGUCGAACAGCUUCACAUCUACCGGAUGCUGACGGAAGUGAGAAACAUCAACUUUGGACACAUGAGAUUCUACUACGUCAUGGGCUGGGGGAUUCCUGCCAUUAUAACAGGUAAGGAAAAUUAGAUGAUGAAGGAGGAAAAGCUAAUAUGGUGGGGAGAUAUCUACACUACAAACUUACAACUGUCUUCUAUCAGUAUGGCUGUCAUGGCAUCCUUUCAAAGAGUCAUGGGAACCUGGUGACAUCGCUGCAUGUUCUCUGCUUGAUAUGCUGACAUUUUAAAAGUUUUGCUAUUUAGCUCUGGCUUUUGAACUGUUCGGGACGCAGGUGGCGCUGUGGGUUAAACCACAGAGCCUAGGACUUGCCGAUCAGAAGGUCGGUGGUUCGAAUCCCCGUGACGGGGUGAGCUCCCGUUGCUCGGUCCCUGUUCCUGCCAACCUAGCAGUUCGAAAGCAGGUCAAAGUGCAAGUCGAUAAAUAGGUACCACUCCGGCGGGAAGGUAAACGGCGUUUCCGUGCGCUGAUCUGGUUAGGCCAGAAGCGGCUUAGUCAUGCUGGCCACAUGACCCGGAAGCUGUACGCCGGCUCCCUCGGCCAAUAAAGCGAGAUGAGCGCCGCAACCCCAGAGUCGGCCACGACUGGACCUAAUGGUCAGGGGUCCCUUUACCUUUACUUUGAACUGUUCAAUAAUGCCCCAUAUCUGCAACACUUCCAUACGGACUUCCAGUUCCCUGUGGAGAGAAACUGUUUUUAAAUCAAUGGAUAUAGGCCCUAUAAUCGCUCCCCUUUCCUUGUGCUGGGCCUAAUUCAAGAAGUAGUUGCAUCCUUAGGAUUAUACUUAUCAGUGGUGCCUUUAGAUCAGAGGUUUCCAACCUUUUUGAGUCCACAUCUCCCUUGACAACUACAUUCUUUCUGUGGCACCCCUGUGGGGCUUAGGAGUCCAGUUAUGUCGCCCCUUGCCUGCAAAGCUAGCAGCCUCUCACCCUUUUUGGAACACCCUCCCUUGUGGAGUGCUCCUUCAGCCUCCUCUCAUUUCCCCUCUUGCAAGUUCUCUGGGCAGCCACUACUGCUGCCUCUGGUCUCUGAGCUACUCCCCCUCCCGUCCCAAAGAGAGGUGCCUCCUCACAGUGCCCCACAGGGGCCUGGGAAGAGGAUGCCCCCAGCCUUAGUGGCCCAACAGAGACAGGCCAAAGGUGAACGUGAGGCCAGCACCUUACCUUGGGAGGCCAGCAGCGGGUGCUGCCAGCCCUGCAUGGCAAAAAGGCUCCCCUUUGGCGCUGGGCACUCAGCUCCCAGGCAGGCCUUGCACACAGCAAGCACAAGAAAGGCCAGCGCAGUGCCUGCCUGCUUGCCUGCCCAGCCUCCCACUUGUCUGUUCAUUCCCAACAGCAAGGACUGACUGGGGUCCCUCUCCUGCUUACUCUGAGGCUGCCAUAGCUCUCAGCAACCAGCAUCCCCUGGCCAGCCCCAGAGUCACCAUUCGCCUGCGGAGCUUGUAGCCAGGGCUGCUGCAACAAACAGCUGUGCAAGCCUUUGGGAGGCAGAGACGCAGGAGGGCAUCAGAGGAAGGGAAGGAAGGAAAGAGGGACAGAGGCCAGUCUUGGUUGAAAACCACUGCUUUAGAUAUUAGAAGCACUUGCAGGCACAAAAUGAAGACGAUACACAUAUUUGUACUGGGUGCCUCUUGCCCUACUUAAAGUAACUUCUGUGCAGAUAAAGGGACUUAAAACAUAGCUGCAUUCAAGUUGGAACAAGAAUCGCACACAUACCUCAGGAAUAACUUCAUUCACUUUAUUAUAAUUACUUGGUUGCUUGCAGUGUUUUUCAUAUUCUGAGAAGAGAAAGAGGCGAACAUGCUCUAGAUUUCACUUGCGCUGGUAGAAAUAUUCCCUCAGGCGCACAGAAAAUGUGACCCUGCAGAUGAUUAUUUAUUAUUUUGUUUACUAUUUAAUUACAUCUAUAUUGCCACCCAUCAAUAAAUAUUCCCCCGGUGUCUUAUAACAAACAACAUUAGAGGUGCAAUAUAUAACAAUUAAAACCAACAAUUCAACAACAAAAGAAGACAGAAGCUUCCGUACAGCAGAGACAGCAUAAAUCACUUGCAGCCCUUGUUUCAAACACAGUUUGAAAGACUGGAUGAAUGAAAAGGUCUCUAUUUGGUGCCGAAAGGCCACAAAUAGAGGAACCAAGCAAGCCUCUCUGCAAGGAAGCUGUUCUCCAUAGCUGAGUUUCCACUACACACACACACACACACAAAAAACAGCCCUCUCCUUGGUUGGUACCUACCUCACCAUAUUUUUAAGUUAUGCAUAUUUUAAUUUUCUUUACUUAGAAGAUUUCUUUGCUGCAUUUUAAGGACCAUUACCUUGUAAAGUUGUUGAUACUUAAUACAAUCCAUCAAAUAAACAAUCAGUAAAAUGUUGUAAAACAAUUAAAAUAACUUUCACAUUCGACAACAAAAAAGAAAAGAAAAACCAAGUGGACAAAUAGCACGAUUAUUCUAACCCACACCCUGCAUGACAUUUCUGUGUCCAAACUCCUUUCCCCCUCCCCUUUUUUUUAAAUAAAAAAAUAAGGUGUCUUUAAAGCUCAUUUAAAAGAAAGAAGAGCCAGAGUUUGCCUAACUUCCACUAAAAUUAUGUUCCGUGGUGAGGAGAGCACUGCAGGAAAAAACCUGUUUCUUGUGCAUCUGGUUAGCCACUGUGAGAGCAGGAUGCUGGACUAUGUGGAACAUUGGCUAUUUUUACUUUGUUCUGUUCAGCAUCCAGGGAUUUUCAGUGCUUGGGGCUGAAAGAAAGCUACCUUCUGCCUCUAUGCCCCUCUUUAAAAGGUCUCAUUAGUGAGUUGUGAGAUGUAUUCCUUGUAAGGUUUAUUUUGGGGGGGGGUGUUGGAGAACAGGGUGUGAAAGACUAAGUAUGCAGCGUUUGAAGCCAAAAACAAUUUAAAUGAAACUUUCUGGGUUUCUACUUGUUCUAUAUUUUUCUGCUAAUGAAAUAGCAAUCAUUAAUAAAAAAAAUCCUUAGUGGUGCACCACAGGCUCAAAUAAAUAUAGCUGAUAGAGCUGUCGUGCAGUGUUUAAAAUGGUAGCCAAUUAAUUGCAUGACUUUUAAUCAGUUAGUUAAAGCUGCAAUCCUAUGCACACAUAUCUGGGAAUAAAUUCUGUGGAACUCUUCUGAGCAUAGGACUGUGCUGUAAUGUGAAUAAAACCGGAGUAAAACAAUCUUUGUUUUUAAGAGUAUGCACAGCAAGCGACAUUUUAUACAAGGCAUUUCCUUCUAUGCGAGGGAAGCGGAAUGCUUUUAAGCUGCUCACUGCCACCUCCGAUUUUGUAUGUGCUUAGGUUAUACUUAAAAAAAACAAUUCCUGCCUGAUUAAUGUGGAAUACCCUUUAAAACGGAUCAAUUUGAUCCAUUAAACUAAAUAUGGAGCUGGCAGCCGGGAGUUGCCUCACUCCCAUGAAGGGGCUCUUUGUCUGGGGUAAGAAAGGAGCCGCAGGGAUUGUCCGAUUUGCUCAGCUGUUUGUUGCUCGCCAGCCACUUGGAGCUGAUGGCAAGUACUUCCUUCACCCAUGGAGGGGCUUUUCUGUAUGUACAGGUAUGUGGGGUGGGGGGUGUUCAUUCAAGGAUGCUGGGACAGGUUGUGGAGGGCAGAGAAGGAGGGAGAUGCAUGUGUGGCCUCUUUCUGUGUGUACGUGCAUGUGUGUAUGAGAGAGAAGAGGAAGGGAGCCUGUAUUUGUGGUCUCUAUGCAUGUGUGGCCUGUGAAAGAGAGGGAGGGGUGAAUUUGGUCAGAGAGGGGUAGAGCUGUAUGUGUGGUCUGUGUGUAUGGAAGGCCUGUAGAAAAGAGAGGUUGAGGGAGGGGGAAGUAUGCAUGCCAAAGAGAGGAGAAAUCUUUGUGUGGCUGUUCACAUGUGGAGUGUCUGUGUGCAUGCGGGAAGCAGGUACAGGUGUGUCUGCUCUGUAGAGCCCAAUUCAAAGUGCUGGUUUUGACCUAUAAAGCCUUAAACAGCUCAGGACUGCAAUACCUCAGGGUACCUCUUUCCAUAUGAACCUAUCCAUACCCUGAGAUCUUCUGAGGCCCUCCUUCAUAUAUCUCCUCCUCGAGAGGUCCAGAGGGUGGCAACACGAGAACAGGCCUUCUCUGUAGUGGCUCCCUGUUUGUGGAAUUCUCUCCCCAGAGAAGUUCACCUGACGCCUUCAUUUUAGGCACCAGGCAAAAAUGUUCGUUUUUAACCAGGCCUUUGGUUGAUAUGACUGACAUCCCUUUUAAAAUGUGGACUUUUGGGGGGUGGUUGUUUUUAUUUUGCUUAUAUAUCUUGUGAUUUUUAUGUUGAUCUUUUCUGUGAACCACCCUGAGACAUCUGGGUAUAGGACGGUAUAUAAGUUCAAUAAAUAAUAGGGCCGGCCCACCCACAGGGCAAGCUGAGGCAGCCACUUGAGCUCCAGUGGGCUCCACGCUCACCCCACUGCCAAUGGAGAGGCAGCAGUAGUGGUGGCUUUUGGUGAGAUGCUGCAAUAUCUUGUGUGUGCUGCAAGAUCUCGCCAGAACCUGCCACCACUUCGUAGGUGCCACCACACAUCCUUGGCGGGGCGGCAGGACGGUACUUUUUCUAGUACCAGGGGACGUCCCCUGUUGUUAUUUGACAGCAACAGCAACAUGGUUUGGGGGGAAAUCAUUAUCGUGUUAUUUCCACAAUCAGGACCAACAGGAACUCCUGUAUUAAACAUGAGGUUGUGCUGCAGGGCAGGAGGAGAAAUGACUGUACUCUCUCUCAUUUGUUGUCAUGCCACACACCAGUGGAGCCAUUUGGUGUAAUGCUGCACACCCAAAAUGGAGCCAUUUUGUGACUGGUGCCCAAAACACUUCCUCAAAAUUCAAAAUGUGUCCGCUGGCCCAAAGCGGUCAGCAGCUUCUGCUUUAUAAAAUAUUAACUUUUCACCUCUGUGUACACACACACACACACACACACACACACACACACACACGUAUAGUAAUUGUCUGCUUUCCUAAUGCAAAACUAUAAAUUACAGUUUGACCGGUCCCACUCCUUAUGUAUGUUUGCACAAUAAUUAAUAAUGCAAGCCAAACAUUUGUUGCAAAUGAUCAGCGGUAGCAGAACAAAGCAGACGAUAAGGUUUGCUGACAGCUUAUUGUGAGUCAUGCAUGGUUUCCCAGGAAGUCAGGACUUGAAAAGUUCAGAAGUAGGCUCCUUAGAAAACAAAGCAUUGUUCUCCAUUGGUAGCUGACAGACAAGUAAAAUUACGAUCCUUUGCACAUACAAAAACUCAUGCAACAGAAAGGGCCUCAUAAUCUGCAGUCAAAUUAAAUUAUUGACAAUUAUAUAGUUUAAUAUUUUCUGCCCAAGCUUGAGGUAUUCAGUAAAAUGGGUACCCUUGGCAAAAACUGAGGCAGUGAAGGGUAAAGGGAUUAUUUCCACUCACAAAUAUUCUGAAAAUAUUGAGCAGUCCUGAUAGAGAAAGAUAAAUGACUGGAGAAAAUAUCUGAAAGUUUUAACUCUUGCAGCAUGACUUCUCUAAACAUUUUUCUUGAAUAUUCUCCAGGAUGUGUUUGAAGCUUCCCUUCUGCUUCUAACUGUGGGAAUUGCUUGCGUCAAUUCGUGAUCUAAGCCUAUACUGAGUUGUUUUGAUGCUGAAAAGCUAAUUUUUCCACCAAGCUUGUUUCUCUGCAGAUGUAUUCCUUGAGAAAAGUAACUAAACUCUAGAAAAUGCAUGUUAUUUGAUACUUAUCCAGUUGUCUGCAUUGUGCCUCAUUCUGUAAAAUGAAUACAGUGGUGGUACCUUGGUUGUCAAACUUAAUCCGUUCCGGGAGCCUGUUCGACUUCCGAAACCAUUCGAAAACCAAGGCGAGGCUUCCGAUUGGCUGCAGGAGCUUCCUGCACUCAAUCGGAAGCCGCAUUGGAUGUUCAGCUUCUGAAAAACGUUUGCAAAACGGAACACUUACUUCUGAAUUUGCAGUGUUUGGGAGCUGAUUUGUUCAGGAGCCAAGCCGUUCGAGUACCAAGGUACCACCAUACUCUAUACUAACAGGCCUGGUUGCUGUGUUUUUAGUUGUGUUAUUUUUGUAUUUAUUUGAAUCACACAGUUUUUGAGUUCUAAAAAUGUAGAAAGGCUCUCUAGCACUUUUCAGACAUUACAAAAGUAUUUCAUCUUCCUGUGGAUAAAGCCUAUUGGGACGUGUAUUUUAUUGCAUUGCAUUGUAUAUGAUUCUGAGCAGCCCUAAAACAAGCCCCAAACGUAAGAGAAAUACUAUAAUUCCUGUUAAUUUUCAUAGUAGGUGAACUGCACACUUAAGGGCAAGAAUUGGGUCUAUUUUAAUUUCGUAAAAUCUUAAGGCAAUGUGCAGAAAGUAAAACUGCCAGCAAAUAUUGGAUUCAGAUGUUUGGCCACACUUUGGUGCAAAUGCCACAAAUGAAUAUUCAGUCUUGAGAAGCAGACUAUUUCUGCCUAAUUAACUGAUGCCAGACAUUUCCAGAUGGCUAAGUAUUUUUGGGUGGUGGCUGCUCUGAGAGGGAAAGACCAUACCUCUCUGGCAAUGGUUACCCAGAACUCGUGAUAUGGAUGGAUUGUGAGUGUGAACUAUUUUGACAGACACUCCACAUCAGAGAUUCCUUCCACUUUUGUCUUGCGAUACAGGUCUUGCAGUGGGGCUGGAUCCACAGGGCUAUGGGAACCCAGAUUUCUGCUGGCUCUCCGUUCACGACACCCUGAUUUGGAGCUUUGCAGGACCUAUUGUGAUCGUUGUGGUUGUAAGUAUUGCAGGAUCUGCCUUCGGCGUGAAAUGCGUCCGAGCUGAAUUUAUUACUGCCAAGCACUUUGACUGUAGAACAUUCUUUAAAAUCCAUCUGUCGUAUACAUCCCUAAAUUCAAAUCAAAUGUACAAAAGACGUGGGACAGCACAGCUCUGAUAACUAAUCCUAAAACUAUAAAAAAGAGCCUUGCCGUACAAAUUUCAACCAAAACUUGGCAUCCCUUUCUGCACACUAGGAGACUUGUAACUUAUUAAAUCAACCUUUUGUUGAUUACUAAAAGGCUUGGAUAUUUUUGUGUGUUUCCUGGCCAGGAAUCAAAUCUAGAGAACAAUUAUGCCCGUAAGUAUCAUGAUGUGUAUAGCUUGCACCCACUUAGAAGUUGUAAUUGGGAAUGAACUUGCAAGCAGGAUUUGAAAUAUGAGCAGCAGAAGGAAUUGGAGAACACAGUAGUGAUGUGAUGGUAUCAGAGAUGGAAGGUAUUGCACAGCAGAGGGGGAGAAAUUCAGACACCAUGGAAAACGGGAUGGGAAGUUGGGAAAAUAUUAAAAAAAUUAUGUAUUUAAGUAUAUAUGUCAACUUUUUGAAAGUGUAAUAACAUUUAUUACCCCAAAAAAAGUUUUAAUUGGAAGCAACGGGCCUCUUGGGCCUCCUCACAUAGUAUUGUGGAUAUGCAUCACUCACCCCUGAAUUCUCUUUUCCUUUCUCAGUCUGGAAUACUGUAAGCUUGUAAGGUCUCUAACUCCUUUGAAGAACAAAAUGUAUUUGGGGAAGAGAAAUCGUUUCCUCUUAUCCUAACAAAUCCCCUCUCUAAGGACUCUUUCAACUGCAAAAUGGACAAAACAUCCAAAGUAUUCUGGCCUGGGGAGGAUGGAAGUCAAGUUGGGGGGUGCACAUCAUAAUGAGUUGAUCUUUCACCCCACCGUCACCGGCAUAUAGCUUAAAAAAGGCCUGUUGCAUAAUACUGAUCAUGUUCAGGGCCAGAUGAGCCCCCAAACCUCAGCACUCCUGUGUUAUAAAGCAAUUGCACUACAGUACUCGACAGUUGAGUUCAGCACUGGCGUGCGGUAACAUUAUUAACCAAGCCCCAGAGCUCAGCAGUCUCACACUUAUUGUGCCCCAAGGGAUUUCCUGGUUGUUUGUUCCUCCCACGUACUGCGUGAAUCCUUCCUGGCCUCAAGCCUGUCCCAUACUUUGACGUAGACUAGUUUAUCCGGCAUGCUGUUUUUGCAACAGUUACAAGCAUUCAUGUCCAUGAUAAUGGUAUCUGUGCAUUUGCAGUAGUAUCUACCUUUUGCAAGUACAAUUUGUAAGGCCAAAAUCUUUCUUGUUCUUACUAAGCUGGCUCCAGAAGCUUUGUUUUACUUCAAACCUUGCAAAGCAGAAUCUACAAGACAACUGCACCAAAGUUUCUUGAAUUAAGAAAGCAAAGCAUAACAUGAAGUGAGGGGCUCUUAGCUGGGUAGAAAUUUGUGUUUUGGUGAAUUCAUGGAAGGAAAACACCUGCUCAUCACUAUUCUGAUCCAUACUUUCCCCCUCCAGAUCAACGUUGUGAUCUUCAUACUAGCAGUUAAAGCAUCAUGCAGACGACGGCAGCGUUCACUGGAAAAAACUGGAGUUGUGUAAGUUUGUAACCGUGACCGAAAGAAACUAAUCAUGAGAAGUGGUAAGACAGAGAGACAUGUUGUUCCUGCUCCCAGACUGAAACUGGGACACCUCUUCCUUCAAAACGUUGUUUAGUGCCAUUGUUCUUUUUACUAUUUGUUGAAUCUUUCGUUUCCCUUCUGUCAGCUCUUGCUCAGUCACUCCCUCCCUUGUCCCCUUUCAGUUUUCUCUUGCUUGUGAUCCCCAUCUUGAGUCACUUUCUCCCAUAGUAUAAUUACAGUGAUGUACUCCCUGAAAGCAGCUGCUAAAGGUAAAAUAAUUGCCUUCAGGCCAGAAGGUGCCUACACCCUGUGACAGCAUGCUUCUGCCAUGAUGUAAGCAAGGAGAAUAAAAUGUUAAUUUUAAAAAAUGUUAUCUAUACCCUGCCAGAAUUGACCCAUGGAGCUGCUUACAACAUACUAAAAUUCAACACUUUUGCACAAUAUAUUAAGGAAGCAUGGGUACAUCUGUGGAAUGGGUAGUCAAUGUGUUGACCUAAUGAGUCUACAACUCAUCAGCCCCAGUUAGCAUGACCAUUGGUCAGGACUUAUGGGAGUUGUAGUCCACUAACAUCUGGAGGGAACCAUCUUGGCUCUUCCCAGCCUGUGGCAUUACCGUUAGGCCCCAGGUAACUGAUAACCUAAUCCAGGUUCCAGGAUCUUCCCUUGGCAGGGAUGGGGCUAGAACGAACUUCAGGUGGAUCAGGUGAAUAAAAGAUUCCAGUGCACAGAAGCAGCUCUUCUGUUGAUCUGCACACAAAUCUCCCCCACCCCCCCAAAAUGCUUGUCCAGUCCGGAAGUUUGCCUCAUUGUCUUCUGAGGAGUCCCACCCUCAAAUAUGUACAAGUUAGAGGCAAGGCAGUCCAUUACCAUUUUACUAACGGUGUACAUAACAGGCAGGUAUUGCCACUGCCCAGUGAUGAACAAGGGUAAGUCAUAUCAUCUUGUUUCUGGAGAUUGUUGUAGUUUUCUGAAUCACUCUGUUGAGGAAGGCACUUCUGGUGUGCUCAGUAUAAUACUGUGUGUGUGUGUGUGUGUGUGUGUGUGUGUGUGUGUCAGAGAGAGGAGUUGGUGUCAGUGGAAGCAUACCACCUGAUGAGGAAAACACUUGCUAGCACAUGAUGCGGAUGGUGCUAUGGUCUAAACCACUGAGACUCUUGGGCUUGCCAAUCAGAAGGUCAGCGGUUUGAAUCUCCGCGAUGGGGUGAGCUCCCAUUGCUGUCCCAGCUUCUGCCAACUGAGCAGUUCAAAAGCACACCAGUGCAAGUAGAUAGAUACUGCUGCAGCAGGAAGGUAAAUGACGUUUCCAUGCGCUCUGGCUUCCAGCACGGUGUCCUGUUGCACCAGAAGCAAUUUAGUCCUGCUGGCUACAUGACCCAGAAAGCUGUCUGUGGACAAAUGCCGGAUCCUUUGGCCUAAAAGCAAGAUGAGCGCCCCAACCUCAUAGUCGUCUUUGACUGGACUUAACCGUCCAGGGCUCCUUUACCUUUUUACCUUUACAGAAUAAAUCCCCUUUACCUAUCACCUGCUUUAUCAGUGGGUGUUACUUAGGCCAUAAGCCAAACCUCUGGGGUCUGGCUACCUAGGAGACAGCAAACUGGAAUUCACAGAUCAGUAAUUAGUAUCUCUGCCUAGAGUGUAUUUGGUGGAUGAGUCACAAAAACUGAUUUUUUACAGGGUCACAUAGCAAACGAGACAAAACUAGUGUUUGACUUUCCUUGUGUUUCAUUCUGAACUUCUGCAUUUCAGCCAGAGCUUUGAGAAUUUCUCUCUUUCCUGGGGCAGAAUUGGGAAUAGCAGUGUGUGUGCUUCAGGGACUGCCGUAUUUCAUGCCUAAUACGAAUUAUUUCGUGGUUUUCAUCUAGCUCUGUACUGCGGACUGCUUUCCUACUGCUACUGUUGAUCAGCGCUACCUGGUUACUCGGUCUGAUGGCGGUGAACAGUGAUGUAAUGACAUUUCACUACCUGUUUGCUAUCUUCAGCUGCUUACAGGUGAGUUUGAUAAAGUGUCUUUAUGGCGUGCCUUCAGAUCCAUUUCAUGCUCCUUGGAUUAUCACUUCUCUGAUUAUGCAGUGCCGAGUCAGGGCUUCAUAGGUAAAAAUGGCAAACUUAGUGAAUUCCUCCUCCUUCAGUUAUUAAAGGAUCCCCUCCCUGGAAAUUUUUUUCUAUUUUUUAAAACAUAUUCUUCUUUUGUCCUUUUUUCUCUUCAUCCCUCUAAAAAAAUCUAGGGCCUGUUCAUCUUUUUCUUCCACUGUAUAUUCAAUAAAGAAGUGAGGAAACAUUUGAAGAAUACUUUCACUGGAAAGAAGCCACUCACCGACGACACCACCACCACCAGAGCUACAUUGUUAACCGUAAGGAGCCAUUCUGCAAAAAGCAUUUCCCAGCACUGACGCAUAAUAGUUCUGUAUCCUGACAAAAUUGCUGAUGCCAAAUUUUGUCUGGAUUCCCUGCCAUCAGCAAUUGGCCUAGAACUCUUUAUUUUAGGACAUAUCCUCUCUUACCAACAUAAAACAGAGCUGCAUUCAGCUUUGGUUUUCUUAGAAUGUAAAUGGAAGUAUAUGCAUUGGGAUUUAUAUAAUUAUGCCAUAUUCCUAUUAAACUAUUUAAGUGAUUGGAGUUGACUUAAGUCCAUUGAUUUCGUUGGGUCUCCUCUGAGUAAGACUUAGUUGGAUAUAACCCUACUGCAACUCACUAGUUUUCUUGUUAGUGUUUAAGCGCAGAAACUCAUUUUAAGGAAACAUUUAGUGUUAUUUCUAUCCUGUUUGUGAUAUUUUUAGAUCCCAAAUUUACAUUUAUUAUCUGAUUUUUAUUACUCAAAUGAGGGAUCAUCGGAAACCUUUGGCCACUCAAACGUUGACUUUCAGGAGCAAAGUUUCUCCUGCUAAAAGCUCGCCGUUUCCUAAAAGUCAAAUUUUGGAUGGCCCAAGAAAAAGAUUAGCGAGACCAAUUCUUUCUUUGGACAAAUAACUUAAAAGUUAAGCUUCCUCCAAACAAAAAAUGUAGGGCUCAUUUGACUACCAAAGCUCAUGAUCAGGAUAACCACAUGAUGUGGCUGUUGAUUGGGUGUACCACUACAAAAAAGACGUGAGGGUCACCUGUUACCGAUUGCUCAUCAUAUUAACCCCCCCCCCAAAAAAACACAGUAAACUAGCAUGUCAGGAAGAAAGCUAGCAGGUCUCCAUGAGAUCCAGUUUUUAUGUGUUCAGGGGCAUUGGAGUAGUUAAGUAUGCAGCCCCCUAAUUUCAGUAUGAAAUUGAACAGCCCAGCAAGAGCUUCACUGCAGAUUUGGCCUGUGUGUAUAGAUCAGCUUUAAUAAUAUUGACCCCUCUCAGUUUGAUGGGUGGUUUCAAAAAUAAACGUAUGUGUUUAUUGGUCAACACCUCUUAUUUUUCCCCUUCUCCCAGCGGUCUCUGAACUGUAACGACACAUAUGUAGAAGAGCCAAAUAUGUAUCGCACCACUCUUGGGGAAUCCACCGUCUCCUUAGAAAGCACCGUCAGGUCAGCCAAGAGUCACAAUAGCUACCUUGCUUAUAUUCUCAGGUAAUCUGGUGGCGGCGCAUGGCUUUCAGGCCUCUCCCUUUUCUCUUUGUGUUGCUUUUGCAAAAAUGAAAUGAAAUGCAUUGCUGCUUUUGCGCAAGUUGUGCUUCCCUUACGCUUCUGCAGAUUCGUUUUUGUGCAAUAUGCAUCUUGCACCUUACCUGUGCACACAUUGUUUGCAUCAUUUGAUUUCACCAUUUAAAUAUAGGCUGAAUGCCAAUUGCAGUGGCUAUACUGAUGCCAUACAGUCCGCCAGGCAAACAUUGCAUUCGAAGCAGCAAACUAGAAUUUCAGAUGUCCCUGUGGGUUUGCUUGCUAUCAUCCCCCUUUUCUUCUUCUUAGAGAUGAAGCCGCCCAGAAGCUUAGUGUGUCAUCCAGCCAAGCAAGAGCAGGUCAUACAGAAGGCGAUUCCUCCAUCUUCCACAAGAAGCCAUCAAAAUCCAACGGUAAGAGGUCUUUCUUCUCAGAACCGUAUAUGACAAACAUCUCCUCUAGUCCCCACCAACCAGUACCAUGUAUUAAUACAAUCAGUGCUUUUCUCAGUUUCAGUAAACUGUAGGGUGUUUGUCUCAUUGUCAGGUGUCAUUGAUUAGGGCAGGCUUAAGUAGCAGCGCUGUGGGUUAAACCAGAGCCUAGUACUUGCUGAUCAGAAGGUCGGCGGUUCGAAUCCCCACGACGGGGUGAGCUCCCGUUGCUCAGUUCCUGCUCCUGCCCACCUAGCAGUUCCAAAGCACGUCAAAGUGCAAGUAGAUAAAUAGGUACCGCUCCGGCGGGAGGGUAAACGGCAUUUCUGUGCGCUGCUCUGGUUCUCCAGAAGCAGCUUAGUCAUGCUGGCCAUAUGACUCGGAAGUUGUACGCUGGCUCAAAAUGAGGUUCAAAAUUUAGGCUCAUCUUAUACACAGGUAGCUGAGGGGGGAUGCGCGAAUGUUUUUUUGGCGCGAGCCCAAGAUUGUAAGUGGCGAUUGGCUGCUUGAUUGUUGGAGGGGAUGCCGAAAAUUGCAGCACACAACCGCUUGCGUCACUUACAAUUGCCGCUUACAAUCUUGGGCUUGUACUUCAUUCUGACGGGUGAGCGAUUUUCAGCAUUGGCCACUUGAUUGUUGUGGCGCUGAGGCAGCCAAUAGACAGGGAGCUGAUAGGUGAUUUCUGUGACGCGAGCGGAAACCACCUAUCACUCUCCAAUUCCCACCAGCGGCCGCCAAUCCCGCUACCGCUUGCUGCGACAAGGGCAGCUGUCUAUUGGCUGCCGCAGCGGCAAGCAAGAGGGCCAAUAGCAGCAAUCAGGCAGCUGCAACGCGAGCGGUUGCGUGCUGUGUUCCAGUGGGUGAGAAAUUUUUGGCAAUCCCCCCAAAUAAUCCUCCCCAAAAGCUCAUUUCCCCUAUUUUCUAAAUUUUGAGGCCCCCCAAAAAUACGGUAAUUUCAAUAUUGCAUCAUGACCAAAUCAAUAUUUGUAGUAAUAGGAAAUGUCAGAAGCCGUAAGUGUACUACUGUGUUGAAAAGGGCAACAAGAGAUCCUCCACAAUGCAUAAUAUAGCAAGAUACAAAGCUGUGUUUGUACAGUUACUUGGGUGUCAGGGCUGGUUCAGCUGCAGGUCAGCACGGAGACACAGAGAUGAGCAAUAAAAUUGAUUCUUUAUUCAAAGAAACAGAAUACAAACUGAUAAACCUACAGGCAGGACUGGCCCCGGGGGUCAAGCAGUUGCCAGAACUGUGUCUCCCACUUUCCCCUAAGUCUCCUCCCCAUCCAGCUGUUUUCCCAGCCAUCUUAAACUCCGUCCGUUUUCUGUGCUCUUUUCUCUGCUCCAUGCAAAGCUCUCUAUGCCCUUGGAGACAAGGGAGGAGUGGAGCUGAAUACAGUGGGACCGGCAGGCUCCUGUUGCAGCCUCAGCCCCCACCUCCCUCUCAGCUGCCUCUCCUUCCUCUCUCACUCAAGCCUGCUGCUUGUUCAGCAUCCAGCCAUCCUGCCCCCCGCCUCAUCGUGUCCUACCACCACUCCCCUGGCUUUUAUCCUUCCUCCUCUGAGGCUUCUCUAGGGCACAGAAGCCAACCAGGAAGCAGGACAUGAGAGCCACAGGUCUCUUCCCACUUGGGAUUCCCAACAACUUGCGUUUAGAGGCAUCCAGCAGUGAAGGCAGAGCAUAACUGUUGCAGCCAGUAGCCAUCAAGAGCCCUAUCCUCUGUGACUAUGCUGCACAAAGAGGAUUGAUAGAGCGGACUAGACGAAACACCUGUGACUAAAGAACGCUUGAAGGAUGUGAUAAGUUAAUGAACUUGCUGUUUCUUGCAUAUAGUAAACCGGAUGCCUGCGUUGUUUCAACACUUUCAUUUGUUUACUUCUACAGAGAACGAUUCUGACUCAGACAGCGAGUUGUCCCUUGACGAACAUAGCAGCUCCUAUGCCUCCUCACACUCGUCAGAUAGUGAGGAAGAUGGGGUAGAAGCAGGGAAAAAAUGGAACGCAGCCAGCUCAAAAAACAAUGACCGGGGUCCACUCCACAGCACCCCCAAAGGUAAGAGAGCAACAGCUAAAAAUGUGCUUCCUCCUGUGGGGGCCUUAAAGGUCACUUUGAAAUGGCUGGUGUGCUUCAGAGAGUAGCAGGGUCUUGUCCUUGGAAGAUGCACCCCAAAUCUAGAUGGGUUUGGCCUAAGACAGGGCUGGGGGACCCUUCUUGCUGACAGUGGAUGGGGAAGCCAGCAGAACCGGAGCCAAAAGUACUACAGUACUUAUUCCAUCCUGUUUCCCAUCCACCAUCCCUUCUGUUCACCCGCAUGAAAUUAGACGGAGAAUCUCAGGCCACAGGUUGCCCACCCCUGGAACAACUGACUUGUUAUUUCACAUUCCCCACCUGAUUCAUGUGCCGGUCGUAAGGAUAGACAAACAUCAUUUUAAAAGUUAAAAGGGCAGCAGAGAUGAGCCAUAGUCAAAAUGAGCAUUUACUGCGCAAGAGGAUUCUUAGUCUAGAAAGGUCUUCUGCUGUCGCAGUUCCUUAAGUGAAUUGGUUGCGAAGCUGCGGCACCAGUAAAUUCAGAGAAAGCCAAAAAAUUCCCCUGGCCACACUUGGGUGUUAUCCAGAACAAGCGUGGAAGGCCGAGAAAGAAGAAACCUCUCAGCAGGCACAGGAAUGCUGCUCCAAUCAGCUGACACAAUCCAGGCAACAGGUCCAUGGCGAGCAAAGGGCAGGGCAGCACGUGAAGCCACCAAGAGAGAAAACAGCUCCUUGUUCUCUUCAGGAAUGUGGAGUGUUUUCCCGGCCUUGUGUCUCUUGUGGCAUUUCAGCAAGAGCAAGAGUGCAGUGUUUCCUAAUGCAGCAGGACUGCCCUGGUUUGCAAACGAUCCUCUCCAUAACAGGAGAGGCAGUGACAAGCAGACUGAGCAGAGCAGAUCCACCCCCCCCCUCAACAUCACCUAGUGAGGCUUAAUUUCAUUUAUAAAAAUCAUUUGCAAAAUGUACAAGUCACUUUAUUUGGCUGAAAAUGGGGGCUUAGAAAGUGGCAUACAGUGGUACCUCGGGUUACAUAUGCUUCAGGCUACAGACGCUUCGGGUUACAGACUCUGCUAACCCAGAAAUAGUAUCUCGGGUUAAGAACUUUGCUUCAGGAUGAGAACAAAAAUCAUGCUCCGGCGGUGCGGCAGCAGCAGGAGGCCCCAUUAGCUAAAGUGGUGCUUCAGGUUAAGAACAGUUUCAGGUUAAGAACGGACCUCCGGAACGAAUUAAGUACUUAACCCAAGGUACCACUGUACUUGAAACUCAAGUAAUCAUCAAACCCUUUAUUGUAAAAGGGAAUCACUUGGAAUCCAGUUACAGUACUUCUUGGUCCCUGGCUGUGAUCAAGAAUUCCCUAUUCCCCCCAACUUAAGUUUCUUGUGCCCUAGUUUUAUUUUUAAGCGAGAACAUUUUCAGUGCCAAUAACCCUGCUGUUUUAGAAUAAUGAAUUUCGGAUUGUGUGUGUGAGUGUGGUGGUCCAAUAAAUGCUCAGUGGUGAGAAAAAUAUGCUUCCCAACCCCCGAUUACAUUGCUGAGCUUCCAAUUCAUUUGUGGAGCGAAGGUUGCCAGCAGGGUGGCUGCAAAUAAGGAGAAAAGAAGCAACUACGAACCUAAACCUGAAAUUAUAUGCAAACCAGAUUUAAGGACUGCAAAGGAAGCUGCCUCAUCCUGAGUCAGAUCAUUGGUCCAUUGGGCUUGGCAUUGUUGACACUGAUUGGCAGCAACUCUCCAGGUUUCCAGGCAGGAGAUACCACAGACUGAAACUAGUUCAUUUUGGCAGCUUUGGCCAAAGAUGUGUCAUUGCUAAUGGGCGUAUUCUGUGUUGUAAUGGGCGUAUUCUGUGCUUCCAAGAACAGAGGAAGCUGCUGAGAGAAGCUCUAAUGUUGUGUGUUGCUUUUUGUUUUUAAUUGGGGUUUUAUUUUCCUGUGUCCUGCAGUGGAUUCUGUUCCCAAUCACGUGAAACCCUACUGGCCUUCUGAGGGUGUAACGGCAAGUGACGGCGAGGAGCCAAGUGCAAAGCAAAAGCUGAAGGUGGAAACCAAGGUGAACGUGGAACUUCACCGGGAAAACCACACCAACCACAGCAGCGAAGCGCCUCAGGAUAAAGAGAACGAAGGGCAGCAGAAGGAGAACAAGCCACUUGUGCAGCAGAACCACCAGCAGCCAGAACAGAGGAAAGGUAAUGGAGAAAGGUCUCCGUAAAUAUAUCCCCAGAAAUAAAUGCUCAAGAGACCGUUAGCUCUUCCUGUUUGCAUCGUCUCAGCCUCUCCUACGUUGAGCACACCACCUUAAACAUACCCACAUUUCACUGGAUGUCACAACUGGACAUCCUCCCAUCUGUUCUGAACAAAAGAGAGGUGCAGAGAGCUUUUCUUCAGGCAAGCACGGUGCUUUUCCCCAUCAAUGGGAAAUGAUGCCUGCUCCAUUUUGUGGUCCUGCCUUUUCCCCUGCCCUUUCAGAUGGAGUAGCUGCUUUGUUCUUUGCCAUGCCACUAUCUCACAAUGCCUAAUGUGCCCACUGGCCCAAAAAGAUUGACAGCCAUUGCGUUUAACAAUGGGAUUUGGUGCCAUGAGAUGUGGGUGAUGACCACCACUUAGACCCCUUUAAAAAGGAAUUGGAGUAACACAGAGAGGAGAAAUCUCUUGGUUGCUGAUAGUCAUGCAGGCUGAAUAAGACGUGCGGGAUCAGAGACAGCCUUAGGAAGUGGGAAAGAACAGUGGGAAAGGGCUGUGUCGUCCAGUCCUACUUGUAGGCUUCUUCUAGGCAGCUGGUUCGUCACUUUGGAAAACAGAACGCUGGACUCAAUAGGCCUUUGGUCUGCUCCAACAGGUCUGUUAUGUAUUUAAUACAAAACAAUGAAACACAACAGUUCUUCACCCACCUUACAGUUUUGCAGGUGUGCACCUAAGAUGCUUUGGUGCAAUCCUAAAAAUGUAGUUUGAAAGUGGCAGACAUACCUUUUGAGGAUGCAUGCAUCCUAAGUGACAGGGAGCCAUGACUGACUGUCAAGUGUAAAUUAAGUGAGAUGCCUAGGCAGGAGAGUACGUAGAAUCACCUGCCGGACAUGGCUGUGAAAUCAAUCCCUACAAGCAGUGAAAACUUGCUGGGUUUUCAUUUCAUGUCUCAAUCUGAGCUCUCUUCUAUGAUGAUUUGUACCAAAGGGUAGGUGAAGGGCAGGUUUGGGUACCAGAUUGUUCCCGUAUAAACAGUUUUUUCCAGAUGGACAAAGUCUUGGUAGGCAUUGGUGGUUGAGCGUAAUGAUAGGCCAGACUUACUUAUUUCCAAUCUAAGAAUACAUGGAACAUUGAGUCUUCCUUAAAUACAGGUUUUGAAUUUGUCUCCAUUUCAUUAUACUGAAUUCCUCCACUCAUCACUUCCCGUUUCUUUCCACGGAAGGCAUACUGAAGAACAAAGUCACCUACCCACCGCCACUGGUAGACAAGAACAUGAAGAACAGAUUAAGGGAAAAACUGUCAGAUUAUAAUCAAACCACUAUCUCGCCAAGAAUGACUUCCAUUGGGACUAACAAUGGCAUCCGCGCCACUUCAGAUUCUGGAGUAACAAUAAAAACCCCCAGAAGAGAUCAGCCUCCAGAACAGAUAAACGGUUUGGCCAUGAAUGUCCAUGUGGGAACCGUAACUGCAGAGACUUCUGAUUCUGAGUGAGUGUGACUGUUUGUGAAUUGCUUCUCUCUGUCGCGUGGUGUUGCCCCUCUUGGGUUUCUGACACCUGCUCCUCUCCAUACUUUUUAACACUUCAGUGGCCCAUAUUGCAGACGUUUGUUCUUAUAAAGCCUGGAACAAACGUCAGGACUGUUUGCUCCUCCUUUUCGCCUGCUUUCUCUUGUGCACUAAUCCUGCUUUGUUGUAAACCAAAGUUCUCUUCUGAAACGGGGAACUCUGGUUUAAUGUUAGUUGAAGCCAGAGUCAUAUCCUGGAACCUAAUUAAUCACAAUAUCCCCUACCACCAUACCCAAGUUAACAGAAUACUUGCUUUUUACCGAUUACCUUGCCCGAAAACAUCCUGUCAUUAAUUUCACCCACUUUUUAACUUUCCUACUGCGUCAGGCUGCUGACGCCUGUCUGUCUCUCUGCAUGCUAACAUAUUAAAAUGAGCUCGGUAGUUUCACUUAAAGGUUUUGUCAGCCUGCCUCUGUUUUAACCCCAAGUUGCAUGAUUGCUUCUCUUCAUGAACAGAGGCAGUAAUGAAACUUCAAUUUGAAUCAUCAGGAAAUGGUGA